AGGUUCCAAGAUGGAGGCGGCAAGCGAGGUCGCCGGUCACGUGGGCAGGAAUUUCAAGGCGCCCCUCCUCCUCCCCCCCGUCACGGCAGCCCCGACCCGCUGACCCGGAAGCGCUCCGCAGCCUGCGCCGGUUUCCCGCCUCUCGCUGCCUCGCGGUGUCGCCGGCUGCGCGCAGCGCGAGAGGCCUCCGAUGGGGGUUCCGGCUUUUUUCCGCUGGCUGAGCCGCAAGUACCCGGCCAUCAUCGUGUCCUGCGUGGAGGAGAAGGUGAGGCGCGCGGGCGGGCGGGCGGGCGGGGAGGGGCCCUGGCUCUGCGGCCUUGUCGGACCCGAGGCCCGGCUGAGGGCGGCGGGAGGGCCGGGCGCCAGGGGCCUCCCCGCAACCCCCCUCGGGCUUCUCCCGGUCCGCGGCGCAGAUGCGCAGAACUUGGCCCCAGAGCAGCCCCUUCGGCAGGCGGGAGCGCGCUUGGGAGCUCGGGGGCGAUGCAGCCCUUUCGAUCCUGAAGAUGCGUCGUGCGAAGACGUUGCCUUCAAAGCCGUGAUGGCUUUGCCCUAGAAGGGAUGGGGGGAGGCGGCGGUCUUGAUGGGGCUACACUCCCGCUGAAGUAGCCGGGACGGAGCCUGUGAGUCUUCCGGAUCCUGGGCUGCUGCUUGAGGCUCGGAAGGGCCUUCCCUCAGCUUCCGCUGGCGGCCCACCUUCACCCCUUCUGGACAGGGAUACCUAACUGUGCCCUGGUAACCUCUAGGUUCGGUUACUUCCACGCAUAGUAUGUGGGGCUGCCUCUGAAGACGGUGUGGAAACUUCAGCUGGUGCAGAAUUCAGCGGCCAGCUUGCUCACUGGGGCAAGAUGGUUUGAGCAUAUUACUGCAAUCCUGGCCAACAAGCCUGUGUUGGUUUUAAUGUUCCCCAUGCACUGAAUACAAAAGUUUUUUUGGUUUUAAUUUAUGGUUUUUGUACCAUACAUGAUCCCCCCCCAAGCACUCUCUCCCACUUUGUGGAGCCCACUUGGCUCCUUGGUAUACUCCAGAACUUAAGGUGAGGCAACAAGCUGGAAGGUUGCUUGAAUGGGAGUGGAGGAAAACUCCGGUCAAAUGCAAUCGAAAACUGUGAGGGCUCAUCAUCAAGCAUAUCUAGUGGCACGGAAGGCAGCAAAAAAGGCAUACUUUGCUGCCUCCAUUACAUCCUCAUUGUGUCAUCUGGCAGAGUUUUUCAGGUAGUUUGGGGCCUUUCACGGUCUGGCCUGAAGGAAGUGGUAUCUCACCGAGACUUGUUUGCGGAGCGCUUUGAGGAAAAAAUCACUUUCUUUUACCAGGAUCUUGACUCGUCUAUCACAACAGAUGAAGCACGAUUGGUGUCCAGAGCAGUGUUCGAAAUUAGCCAGGCACCAGGCGCAUUUUACACCUGACUAUCUGCCACUUGCGACCAAGUGAAAAUGGCGCCUGGCAUCAUCUCCAUCUGGAAGUGUGUGCCUGGGGAUCCUUGGAUCUUGACUGUUUUCACACACUAAGACCACAUUCUGUAGAAUUCUCUCGGUUGUAUUUUAUCUGCACUAUCAGAAUGAAUUUCAAGAAUCAAAAUGCUUUUUCUGUGCAGCCUGAGCAGGAGCACUGAAUGACAUUAUAGUUAAUUGUUGUAGCUUGUCUUCACUUACCCCACCCCACUGCGCUGCUCACAGUUAGGAAGAAUAUACUUACGUUAUGAAUGGUCCAUGUUACCAUUAAGAAAAAGAGGUAGGAAUAGGCCAAUAUAUAUGUGAACUGUCCCUGAAUCAAAUGACUUUUCUUCUUUAAGUUCUCAAAGUUCUUUUUUUUUUUUAAUUGAUAUUUAUUAGAGUUUCCAAUAAAGAGAACACAUCAGUAAAAAAUUUAAAAAGAAAAAAGAAAAAUACAUCGUUCAAAAGUACACAAUACAUAAUCCAAAAAAGAACAAAAAACAAAAGACAAAAAAGAAAACAGUUAAAAACAAUACCACCUUUUCAUCACCAUUUUUAAAUUAACUUAUUUUCUGGACCUCCUCAUACCUCCCUCUUUUGUAUUCCAGUUCAAUUUUGUUUGUCCAGCAAUUUCUUUCCCUCUUUUUUAAUCCCAAUCCUUAAUCUUAAUAUAGUAUAACAUUAAAAUUUUUACCUCUUAAAAGCCAAAUUUCCUAAUCCUAAUCCUAAUCCUUAAUCUUGAUCUAUAUACAACUUUAAAGCCUGUAUAGCUAGAAGCCAUUUAAUUUCAAUCCAUCGUUACUCUAACAUUCUUUAAUUUUGCCAUGUUUCUGUAGAUAAUCUUUAAAUUUCUUCCAAUCUUCUUCCACCGACUCUUCUCCCUGGUCACGGAUUCUACCAGUCAUUUCCGCCAGUUCCAUAUAGUCCCAUCAGUUUCAUCUGCCAUUCCUCCAGUGUGGGUAACUCUUGUGUCUUCCAAUACUUUGUGAUGAGUAUUCUUGCUGCUGUUGUUGCGUACAUAAAGAAAGUUCUAUCCUUUUUUAACACCAAUUGGCCAACUAUGCCCAGGAGAAAGGCCUCUGGUUUCUUCAAGAAGGUAUAUUUAAAUACCUUUUUUAGUUCAUUAUAUAUCAUUUCCCAGAAAGCCUUAAUCUUUGGGCACGUCCACCAAAGGUGAAAAAAUGUGCCUUCAGUUUCUUUACAUUUCCAACAUUUAUUAUCGGGCAAAUGGUAGAUUUUUGCAAGCUUGACUGGGGUUAUGUACCACCUAUAUAUCAUUUUCAUAAUAUUCUCUCUUAAGGCAUUACAUGCCGUAAACUUCAUACCUGUGGUCCAUAACUGCUCCCAGUCAGCAAACAUAAUGUUGUGUCCAACGUCUUGUGCCCAUUUAAUCAUAACACAUUUCACCGUUUCAUCCUGAGUGUUCCAUUUCAACAGCAAGUUAUACAUCUUUGACAAAUUCUUAGUUUUGGGUUCUAACAGUUCAGUUUCUAAUUUUGAUUUUUCCACCUGGAAGCCAAUUUUCUUGUCCAAAUUAAAUGCCUCCAUUAUCUGAAAAUAAUGAAGCCAGUCUCGCACUUUGUUUUUUCAAAACUCUGCAAUUUCAGUCUAUCUCCAUCUUGUUCCAAAAUUUCCCAAUAUUUCGGCCAUUUGACCUCCAUAUUGAGUUUUUCAAGGCUUUCGCUUCCAUUGGUGACAGCCACCUUGGAGUUUUGUUUUCUAAUAAAUCCUUGUAUCUUAUCCAAACAUUAAACAAUGCUUUCCUGACAAUGUGAUUUUUAAAUGCUUUAUGUGCUUUGACCUUAUCAUACCACAAAUAUACAUGCCAUCCAAAUACAUUGUUGAAACCUUCUAGAUCCAAAAUAUCAGUGUUUUCAAGAAGCAGCCAUUCUUUCAGCCAGUAAAAAGCUGCUGAUUCAUAAUAAAGUUUAAGGUCUGGCAGGGCAAAUCCACCUCUUUCCUUUGCAUCCGUUAGUAUUUUAAAUUUUAUUCUGGGCUUCUUGCCCUGCCAGACAAAUCUAGAAAUAUCUUUCUGCCACCUCUUGAAACAAUCCAUUUUGUCCACAAUUUGCAAAGUUUGAAACAAAAACAACAUUCUAGGCAAUACAUUCAUUUUUAUCGCAGCGAUACGGCCCAGCAGUGAAAGCUUCAAAUUUGACCAAAUUUCUAAGUCUUUUUUCACUUCAACCCAACAUUUUUCAUAGUUAUCUUUAAAUAAAUUCCCAUUUUUUGCUGUCAUGUUAAUCCCCAGGUAUUUAACUUUCUUAACCACUGUUAAACCUGUCACAUUCUGAAACCUCUCUCUCUCCAUUGGUGUUAGAUUUUUCUCUAAAACCUUAGUUUUUAACUUGUUCAAUUUAAAUCCUGCAACUUGACCAAAUUCUUGAAUCAAUUCUAAAACCCUUUUAGUACUAGAUUCUGGCUCCUGUAACGUCAAUACUAAAUAAUCUGCAAAUGCUCUCAAUUUGUACUGUUUAGCUCCGACCUGUAUACCUUUAACCAACUGGUCCCUUCUAAUCAUGUUCAGCAAAACCUCCAGGACCGAAAUAAAAAGAAGUGGGGAAAUUGGGCAACCUUGUCGUGUCCCUUUUUCAAUUUUAAGUUCUUCCGUCACCACAUUAUUUACAAUUAAUUUAGCCUUUUGUUCUGAAUAAAUUGCACUUAUACCAUUCUCAAAGCCUUGGCCUACCCCCAUGCCCUGUAGAUUCUUCUUCAUAAAUUUCCAAGAAAUAUUGUCAGAAGCUUUCUCCGCAUCCACAAAUAUCAAAACUGCUUUAGUGUUUAUGUUCACUUCUAGUUUUUCCAGAAUAUCAAUUAUAUUCCUCAAAUUGUCAGACAAAUGUCUUCCUGGGAGAAAGCCCGCUUGAUCUUUAUGAAUCUCUUCCCUUUUUUAAAUCUCUUGGCCAAAAUGUCAGCAAAAUUUUUAUAAUCCACAUUAAGUAAUGAUAUAGGGUGGUAGUUCUUAAGCUGUGUCUUUUCAGUCUCUGUUUUCGGUACAAGUGUAAUAUAUGCUUCUUUCCACGACUCUGGUGCUCUUUUCCCCUCCAUUAUUUCAUUACAGACCUCUUUCAAAGGUUGUAUUAACCAUUCUUUCAAAGAUCUGUAAUAUCUAGAAGUCAAUCCAUCCGGUCCUGGAGAUUUACCCAAUUGCAUAUUUUGAAUGGCACCUUAAGUUCUCAAAGUUCUUAACCUAGCUCAAGGUUGUCAUCUGAACCAGCCAGAUGUUUAACUGAUAAUCGAUCACAGUCAGUUCAUCAUUUGAAAAAAAGACUUUAGAGCUGUUUUGCCCCAAAAUGGCAACUGGAUGUUCCAUUUUGGUGACUGUAACCUUGGUUUAAGUAGCCAUUUGGCACCUAGUUUAUAUACCUGAAUUUCUAACACGGGUCCAGAGCAUUGUCCAGCAGGUAGAUCGUGAGUUACCGGUAGAUCACUGGAUGUCUGUGGUAGAUAGAUGGUAGAUCUGCUUUUUGCCUUCCACAAAAAAAGCCCAACAACUUUGCCUGUCAAUAACAAUGGCUAGAUCACAGCCAGUAUUUUUAUAAUGUGAGUAGAUCAUAGUCUUUUGGAAGUUGGAUGUACCUGGUCUAGUCCUAUUGUGUUGGAUGAGUUUCAUUUGGUAAGACUUGAGGACAUGGACAAGCUGACACGUGAAAAUGUUUCUUUUAGUCAGGCCUUUGAGUAUUCUGUGGUCCUUUAAAUGCUUGUGGGAGAGGGGUUAUUGGGUUUAUAAAUGUAUUUUGUGUUCUCAUUUUAUAUUUUUAUCUUGUUACUGCUCUAUGAUCUUUGUAUAAAGGAUGGUAUACAGAUUUAAUUAACAACAACAAUAGCCCUGAGCCUAGGGUCCCAGGUUUUAGCAGUAGCCAGAAGUGCAUUAGCACAUUCAAAACUAGUGCAUCAGCUGCAUCCAUCUCUGGAGCUGUCUGUUCACAUGGCCAGAUUGCUCACUGGAUUCAGUUAAUUAAUUUAAUUUAUAAAUUUCUAUACAGCUUUAUAUUUUUAAGAAAAAUCUCAAAGCGGUUCACAGCAUAUUAAACAUCAAUAAAACAAUCCAGAAUCAAGCAUUUCUGAAGAAAAUAAAAUAUAAAGUACAUACUCAAAGCAACAUAAUCAACAAGAAACCAAAAUACCAUCUCAGAGAUUUCAAAAUAAAACACUGCAAAGGUGGCAAACUACAGAAUACAUAUUUAACACAAAGUAAGUUAACAAAAAACAAACAAUCUUAAACAUUAAAAAAAAUAAUUAAAUGUGCAUUUUAUAAUUGACUUCACUUAGCAACUAAAAAAGUUGCUAAGUGAAGUCAAUUAUAAAAUGCACAUUUAAAACAGCAUAAUUAACAAGAGAAUAAAAUAUUAUAAUAAGCAUGACAUGGCUGUUUGACAGGCACAAAAAGAUGGGGCAAAAGAAUCCAAUAAUUAGGAUUUGUUGUCAGGCAUAGCAAUGUCCCUCCGGUCUCACCAGGAUCCUCUUUAGUAGAGCUGGGUGAGUCUGGGCUCUGCCCCCUAAGCCAGCUGGAAAGGGCCUUGCAGGGAGUGGCCUUCAUGACUCACAGCCAGGCAAUGUUACAGGGAGAAUGGAAAUUCCUUGAUACGCCAGCUUACUGGCUUUCUAUCUAUUUCUGGGCACAACUCAAAAGUGCUGGUUAUGACCCACAAAGCCCUAUGUGGUUUGGGUUCAGGCUAUCUGAAGGAUGAUAUCUUCCUAUAUGAGCCUGCUAAGACUUUGACGUCUUUUGGGGAGGUCUUUCUCUUGGUCCCACCACCUCCACAGGCACGAUUGAGGAGGAUCCAAGAGAGAAUCUUCCUUUUGCUGGCAGGCAAGUGCCCCCCCCCCCAGUCUUUGGCCACUAACAGGCUAUUGUGGCAGGGUCUUCUGAGGGUGGAUGUUGUGCUUGCCAGCCAGCUGGCACAUAUGGUGGCAAUUUCACUCUCAAGUUGUGCAGCAGCACCAGCCAGCUGACUCGCACUGUGGCACGCACCUAGAUGGUGGAGAUGUCAGUUGCAUUACCUGCAACAAGACAUCUCAAAUUGGUUGCAAGCAAACCCCAGUUGCGAAAUGUGCCUGGCGACCGGGAAAUUCCGAACCCUACUUGUUUGUGUGUUGCAUUUGUGUGUGUACAUGCACACUCUUAAAUGGUUUUAAGUGUUUUCAGCACUGUUUUUAAUAGGAUUACUUAUUUUACUUUUAAAAAUGUUUAUAUUGCAUGGCUUUAGUUGUAUCUGUUUUAAUUUUUGCUAUGAGCCAAUUUGCAUCAUGCAUUGGGAGAAAGGUGGGAUAUAAAUAGAAUAAUCAACAAAUCUUGUACUUUGCUCUCUGGAGAACUUGAGACUGGAGCUAUGUUGGUCUUAGUAACUUUAAUCUUUUACUUAGAGUUUCUAACUUUUCCUUGCUGAUUUCCUUCCCUGCUGUUCUGUUGAGUUCUUUGCUGAAAGCAGUUUGAGUGUCUUUGCCAUGCUGGAUUUAUGCCAGAACAUGAUUAGUAUCUAUCAGCUAUAAUGAUGUUUGUCCUACAUGUGGUGAAUAACUUUGUGGUCCUAGGCAGUGUCUGAAACUCUCCAUGUGCUAGGCGUGUUUUGCAACUUGGCAUGGUCCAAUUGUGACCAGUUUUAGAUCUAUGGAGGCGAUGUAUGGUGCCUAAGACUCAAGAGUAAAACACCUGCCUCCCAUGUGCCGCAAUGUGAAUCACCUGGGUAGUGUGAGAGUAAAAAUGCCGCCCUGCACAACUUACAAGUAUAAUUGCUGCCAUUGAGUGAAACUGCCCGUGCCUGUGCCACACCACAAGUAAAAAUGGUGCUGCAGGUGGUGCAAGACUCAAAGUGCCUGACCCACAGGUAAAAUUGCUGAUGCUGAAUGAAACUGCCCCACACGUUGCAUCAUAAGUCACCUGGGUAGUGCUGUGGGCAGCACAUCAGUCAAAAUGCUAUCCCGUGUGACUGCACGAUUUCUGUUCUCAUCCUGAAGCAAAGUUCUUAACCCAAGGUAAUAUUUCUGAGUUAGUGGAGUCUAUAACCUGAAGGGUAUGUAACCCAAGGUACCACUGUACAUACAUUGAAAUAGGUCUUAGUGUUUUCUGUUGCAUUACUUCCAAUAAAUGCAUAUGGGAUUGCAGUCCUUGAGAGAUGAAAGACUUACAAAAUGGCAGGUAGUUGCUUAUCUGCUUUAUAAAAUCGGGGGACAUUCUGCAAACAUAAACUAUAUUGUUGUUUUUCUUCGUACUAUAUAUUAUUGCCUCUGCCCCCUGCAAAGUGUUUUAUUUUUAAGAACAAUUCCUCUUGCUUGUGAAAAGUUUCCAGUUGUAUGAUUUGACAGAGUUCUUCUACAAGGACUUGCAAAUGUUCAAGAAAAUGGCCAGAGUUUAAUAUCUGGUAUAAUUUUAUUUGCUAGCUAACUUUUAAGGUUGUUCUGUUCUUGAUCAAGUAUUUAGUUCCUGCACAUUCUGUUUGUUGCUUAUUGCAGAUGUAAUACCAGUAAUUUAAGAUGCACGUAAGCUCCUUUGGGGAAAAUGUGAGCAUUUGGGAUUCUGAACAAAGUCUGGAGGAAACUGAUUUGUGGUGGGAGUCUUAAGCAAUAAGUAAUAAAUAUUAAAGGGACGCGGGUGGCUCUGUGGGUAAAACCUCAGCUCCUAGGACUUGCCGAUCGCAUGGUCGGCGGUUCGAAUCCCCGCGGCGGGGUGCGCUCCCGUCGUUUGGUCCCGGCACCUGCCAACCUAGCAGUUCGAAAGCACCUCCGGAUGCAAGUAGAUAAAUAGGGACCGCUUACCAGCGGGAAGGUAAACGGCGUUCCAUGUGUGCUGCACUGGCUCGCCAGAUGCAGCUUGUCACGCUGGCCACGUGACCUGGAAGUGUCUGCGGACAGCGCUGGCUCCCGGCCUAUAGAGUGAGAUGAGCGCCCAACCCUAGAGUCUGGCAAGACUGGCCCGAACGGGCAGGGGUACCUUUACCUUUACCUUUUAAUAAAUACAGUGGUACCUCGCAAGAUGAAUGCCUCGCAAGACGAAAGAGUUUUUCGUUUUUUGAGUUGCUUCGCAAGACGAGUUUCCCUAUGGGCUUGCUUCGCAAGACGAAAAACGAAAACGUCUUGCAAGUUUGUUUCCUUUUUCUUAAAACCAUUAAUACCCUAUGGGAAACCGUGCUUCGCAAGACGAAAAAUUCGCAAGACGAAAAACCUCGCAGAAUGAAUUAAUUUCGUCUUGCGAGGCACCACUGUAUUAAAGUCACUAAGCAAUAAGUAGCAGAUAUCCAGGUUGCUAAGGCUGAGUCAUAUGCAGAAGAAUGGGAACAGCUUCCAGUGUGAAUCCCUAGGAGAGAAGAACAAAGGUCUGAACACCUAAAUAGCCAUUGCAUAGCUGAGAGUAAGAAGAAGAACUUAAAGAGGCAUUACCUUACCCAGAACUUGGCUCUCUAGCAUUGCUAAGUGGCUAAGAUACACCCUCUGUCUUCUCUGCCAGGUGUCUCCAGAAGAGCUGCAGGGCCUUGGAUGGCUGCAGGCAUAAUACAUCUGUAGAUCUGGGUUUUCACCUUAAGAAUCUGAUCCCACGGUUUCAAGUGAAUAGUUGACUUUUUGGUGUGCGUGGGGGGGGGGCGUUCCAGUGAUAGAGUGUCUGCUUUGCAUAUGAAAGAUCCCAGAUUCAGCCUCUAGCACAGGGGUUGGCAAGGUUUACCUCGCCUGGGCCAGUUCACUCUAGUGGAGGUCCUUCCAUGGGCCGGAUUGCGCGCACACGCCUGCGAUUUCCGGCAUCUGCACAUGCGCAGGCGCGAUUUCUGGCGUCGCAGAAGCGAGUCCCCGCACCGCCAAGUGGGCAGCUCAGUUUGGAGGCAGCUCAUGGGCCGGUUAAAUGACCCCCGUGGGCCGCUUGUGGCCCAUGGGCCUUAGGUUGCCAACCCCUGCUCUAGCAUCUUCAAGUAGAGUUGAGAAAUACUCCUGUCUGAAUUCCUGGUUACUGCUAGUCAUUAUCUACAACACCACUCCCAUUAUCACACCACCAUCCUUUUGCUCAGAAGAGAGAUCUUAAAUUGGGAGUGUCCUACCACAUGCAUGGGACAAUGACAUUUUGGGACAGCCUUAUAGUUGUCGUGGUGGCCAUGAAGUUUUGCAACACCCCAGUUGAAGUGAGCUUGGCAUACAUAUUGAGAUCCCCCAAUGCUGCUGUUCUGGGAUUCUCAAAACCAAAUCCAAGACCAUCUUCAUAUGUAGUGAAAUAAUAGAAUUGUAGAGUUGGAAGGGAUCCCUGAGGGUCAUCAAGUCCACCCCCUGAAAUGCAGGAAUCUCAGCUAAAGCAUACAUGGCAGAAAGCCAUCCAACCUCUGCUUAAGAACCUCCAAGGAAGGAGAGUCCACCACCACUCUUGGGAGUCUUUUCCACUGUCGAACAGCUCUUACUGUUUGAAAGUUAUUCCUGAGGUUUAGUCAGAAUCUACUUCCUUGUAACUUGAAGCCAUUCGUUAGAGUCCUAUCCACAGGAGCAGGAGAAAACAAGCUUGAGAGUUUUAAAUUGCAGGGGCAAGCAGAAUGUGAUGUUUGAAUGGCUCUCUAAACUAUGCCUGUGUGGGUGACUAGUGUUCCUUUACAAUCUGAUCAUAGCAUAUGUGCUCAGUUUCAUAGAAAUGGUAGAGGGAGUCUAUCCUAAUACUCAGUUGGCCUGGGAUUCCGCAUUAUGACAUAGGAGGGCUUUGCUUACACUCAGUUAUGUCCUCUUAACUCGACCCCCAUAGCACAAUCCCCUGAAGACUUUUUACACCUUCAGCCUUUUAAAAUAUUGCCUACAUUUAAAUUGGCCUCUGGCAAAUUGGCGUUCUUGACAAGAACAGUUCAGGUGCUUAGUUGCAUAGAUAGUGAAAUUUGAUUUAGGUGCCUGGGCACCAGGAUGGUGCCUGGCAUCAUCGGGAUCCUUGGAUCUUGACUGUUUUCACACACUAAGACCACAUUCUGUAGAAUUCUCUCGCUUAUAUUUUAUCUGCACUAUCAGAAUGAAUUUCAAGAAUCAAAAUGCUUUUUCUGUGCAGCCUGAGCAGGAGCACUGAAUGACAUUAUAGUUAAUUGCUGUAGCUUGUCUUCACUUACCCCACCCCGCUGCGCUGCUCACAGUUAGGAAAAAUAUACUUACGUUAUGAAUGGUCCGUGUCACCAUUAAGAAAAAGAGGUAGGAAUAGGCCAAUAUAUAUGUGAACUGUCCCUGAAUCAAAUGACUUUUCUUCUUUAAGUUCUCAAAGUUCUUAACCUUUUUUUUUGUUUAAUUUAUUAUAACAUAUAAAACAUUUACAUUUAAACAAUACAUAUAUGCAAUACACUACCUUAUUUUCAUAGCAUAAAACAUACCUACAAUACUCUACAUAAUACCUACUUAUACUAUACAUAUCAACAUACCUACACACCUACCCCACACGGACACCCACCAAGUGACUUGACUUCCAGCCAUUCUUGUUACGCUACUUUAUUUUUCCAACUAGCUUAAACACAUUUCAUUGUUUCUUUGAUCUCUUCUUCUAUCUUAAUUUUUCUCUCCUUUCACUCUAAUCAUUUUCUGGAUUCACUCAGUAUCUGUCAAAAAUUCUAUUUUUUCCAUAUAGAUUUUGAUGUAUUCCUUAAAGAUAGUCGACUCCUUAUUCACUUUUUGUAGCAUAUCUCCUCUUAUCCUCCUGUUAAUUCGGCAAUAUGGAAGUAUUCCAUCAUUUUAGAUAGCCAGUCUGUUUUAGUUGGGAUGCUGCUGCUUUUCCAAUUUUUGGCAAUUAAUAACCUUGCCGCCAUAGUCACAUACAUAAAUAUUGGUCUGACCGUUCUUUUUAUUUCCUCUGACAUGAUACCUAGGGGAAAGGAUUCUGGUUUUUUUUCCAAAUGAGAAUCUAAACAUCUUUUUCAAUUCGUUAUAAAUAUUUUCCCAGAAUCCCACUAUCUCUUUGCACUCCCACCACAUGUGUAGAAAGGUUCCUGCCCCGUUUUUGCAUCUCCAACAGACAUCACUACAGUUUUUAUACAUUUUUGCCAGUCUAACCGGACUUCAAAGUUCUUAACCUAGCUCAAGGUUGUCAUCUGAACCAGCCACAUGUUUAACUGAUAAUCGACCACAGUGACUUCAUCAUUUGAAAAAUAAGACUUUAGAGCCAUCUUGCAAAAAAUUGAAUAUUAGACAUUCCAUUUUUGUGACUGUAACCUUGGUUUUAGGAGCUAUUUUGCACCUAGCUUACGUAUCUGAGUUUCUAACGCUGGCUAAAAGUACUUGUGCCGGAGUAAGAGAGAAAAGAUUCCCAUAGGCAUGUGGUGAGAUAGCUUAGCUACCUUUCAUAAAUCACAGUCUGCCUUUCGAAUUUCCUUUCCAUUUCCACCAUGUUUCCUUGAUUGUGUUUUUCUUUCAGAUUUGAAUGUGAUGCAUACAUCUAAAAAUCUUUUGCUAUUCAUUGUUUGCAGCCUAAAGAAUGUAAUGGUAUCAAAAUUCCCAUUGACUCCAGCAAACCAAACCCCAAUGAAGUGGAAUUCGAUAAUCUGUAUUUGGAUAUGAAUGGCAUCAUCCACCCUUGUACACAUCCUGAGGACAAGUGAGUCACAUUUGUACUUUAAAUAGGUAGCUUUUAUUAAACAUUGUUUGGAUAUUGACACAAUUUCUUACAUUGCAGACCAGCACCCAAAAAUGAAGAUGAAAUGAUGGUGGCCAUAUUUGAGUAUAUUGACAGGCUUUUUAAUAUUGUGAGACCGAGGCGGCUUCUCUACAUGGCAAUAGAUGGAGUGGUAAGUACUUAAGUGGUUGCCAUUGAUGUAUUUGGGUCAGGGUUAAUAAAAAUUGUGUCUGAAUCGUUUGAAGUGCUAUUUUCUGCUGCAGUUUAAUUUCCACUUUAUUUACAGUGGACACAAUGACUAAAUUCCAUUCCUGCAUCUGUUUUGCCAGUUGGUGAACAGAGUCAAAAUUAAAGUAACUGCAUUUAUAUAUGAGAUGAUUUUAUUUUUAACACUUUGUGAGUGUGAACAUUACUUAUGCCACCUAAGAUAGAUUGUGAAUGGUGGCUUCAUUUAAGGUUCAUUAAGGAAGCUGCUCCGGCGGGAAGGUAAACGGUGUUUCCGUGCGCUGCUCUGGUUUGCCAGAAGCGGCUUAGUCAUGCUGGUUACAUGACCCGGAAGCUGUACGCCGGCUCCCUCGGCCAAUAAAGCGAGAUGAGCGCCGCAACCCCAGAGUCGGUCACGACUGGAUCUAAUGGUCAGGGGUCCCUUUAAGGAAGCCACUGGUAUGUGAUCUCAGUUUGUUGAUCUUCUUAUAGCCCAUCCCAGUGCUUGUCAGUGCUUAGUGUUGUGGCAUACAUGCACAGUCUAGAAAGGUAUUGCAGGAUAAGAUGAGUUUGUCAACUCCCCUUCAAUUUCUCUCUGAGUGCAGUCUGAACUCAAGAGUGGUAUUCUUCAAGGCAGGUCCUUUUAGAAUGAUGUAUAACCUUAUUGUUCAAGAAGAACUCCUUUUUAUUUCUUAAUCUUGUCUUUGCAUUUAUUUUGGUCCUAAUCCUAACCCCUGAGUGACAGCCACAGGGCACGAUGGAACGGCACAGCCAGAGCUAUAGCUAUAGCACUGGCACUCACACCAGGUCUCAGGCUGGUACUGCAAAGGGUCAUAGAUCAGACCUGUCACUGUCACAUGAUAGCAGCUGGGUCUGCACAGGUUCUAGCCAGUCCUGUGCUGGCCCAGCCUUACCCCUCCCUGCCUCCAUUUUGGGGUUUCCCUUGGCUACUGCUGGUGGGAAUGCAACUGGCAGCAACUUCCAUCCCUGUUUGCAUCACACUUUGUCAGCAGAACUCCACCACUUACAGGGUGAUACUUCUGCUCCAUUCAGACGUAUAGCUGUCAACUUUUCCCGUUUCUUGUGAGGAAUCCUAUUCGGAAUAAGGGAAUGUCCCUUUAAAAAAGGGAAAAGUUGACAGCUAUGUUCAGGCAUGCUCCAGAAAUGGUGGUAGAUCAGGGGUUGGGAUUGUUCUGCUUAAAAUGAUAAUGCGUUAUACCCACUCUCAGUUUGCAUUGCAUAUACACAUCUGAACUAGAAUACAUUAAUUUGUAAAAUUAUAAGCCUUCUGUUUUAGAUUGCAAAACUGAAACAACCCCAAACACCUAUUUUCAUGUUCACAAGUUACUAGCGAUAUCUCAGUGGAGGAUCCCUUAACUGAUAAGGAUUAAUGAAUGAAAAGUAUAUUUACUCAGGGGCUAUUCCAGAUUGUUUUAACAACCAGUUUAAUCAGUUUAGCUGUAGACAACAGCUUGUGAAACUGUUCUUGCACACAGGAUAUUUUAGCUAACUUCCAUUAACUGUUACUGGUCAGGAAGCCUCCUUGUUCUGAGAUCAGUUAAAGAAUGAUGAAGCAAUAAUUUUCCAAAGUUGGAUCCAGUCAUCUGUCCUGGACUUAGUAAUGUGUUUCAAGUUAGUUUUUUAAAACAUGAUUAAUUAGUUUCUGUCACAUACCAGUCUUUCCAGCUGGUAGACAAAGGGGAGAAGGCAAAAAUGUCCCUGCCUAUCCCAAAGCUUCCUUUGCUGUUGCUGUCUCCCUCCACCACUGCUACCAGACUCCACUGCAGUAAGAAAGAACAGGCAACUGUGUAUAGCACAACGGUAAAAAAAACAGUGUUAACUGCAUCAUAACAACAUAUAUAAAGUAGCAAUUGCCAGCAAGAAGGUUGAUUACAUUCCACAGGUAAACAAAAAGGUUUUCACCUUGCACUAAAAUGAAGCCAAUGUGAGGACAAAGAAAUGUUGCAGCUGCUGCAGUAUAUGUGGCAAAAAAAUGAGGCACAGCUGUAUUACUGAACUGGAAGCAUAUUUAAUUGUUGUAAAGUUUCUCAUGGGUAAUGGAAAUCGCCCCAUGCUUAAAUAAAAUAAUAAAUGCAAUUGCAGUUUCUCUUUUGAACGUUGGCUUAAGCUCUUGAGUAUGUAUUUUAAAACAUAAAUGGAAAAAAUAUUGCUACCAGCUGUUAAGGCUUCCUCAAUUGCAUACAUAAAGUAAGUAAGCUCUCGUUACGUGAAUCAUUCUAAGGUUCUCAAAUUUAAUAAAGUAUAGAAAUUAAGUAUAAAGGGUGAAAUGAUUAGUCAUGGUAAUUCUAUUCUUCUAGGCUCCCCGUGCAAAAAUGAACCAGCAAAGAUCUAGAAGAUUUAGAGCAUCAAAGGAAGGAGUGGAGACUGCAGAAGAGAAGCAGAGAAUCAGACAAGAAAUUUUAGAGAAAGGUAUAUAGAUUUGUUACCUAUUCAGUUUAGUUCAGUAACAGGUAACUUGAAGAAGAGUUGCAUCUUCUGAAGUAUUACUCUUGCGACAGGCUCCAUAUCACAGAUAUCACAUGACUGGCCUAGAGAGAAGACUGACAUGCACUUAGUUUUGUAUUAAAUUUUGCAUUAGCAGUUGUUUGUGUUCUGUGAUUUCUUGGGAGUGUAGGAAAGCUGUGUAAUAUGGAAUUGAGCGCAGAAUUCAGGUUCCUAAAAUCUAAGCAUAUUUAAAACCACAUUUCUAACCCUUAUUUUUACCAUUUAUUAAAUUUCUAUACCACCCUUCAUCUGAGGGUCAGUGGGAGAUUUACAAUAGUUGUACAGAUGUGCAUGAAAUUGUAUUAGCAAUGCAUUGUAAAAAUUGAAGAGUUGCUGAAUUAAAAUUAGUAGAGAAUAGAGCUACAAUGGUCUGCAUCACCUUGUAACUAGAAGGAGCUUAAUAAAGUAUGCAAAACAAAAAGUCAAGCAAAUUUGCAUGAUUUUGUUAUUGAUCACUCAUAAUUUAUACUUAUAACAAUACAAAUGCAUCCCUAUGCAAACUGAUCGGAAAGCUCCACUAAGAGCCAUGGGACUUGUGCCUGAGUUUAUAUAUAUGUAUAAAAUUGUGGUUUUGAUCACAACUAGUUGUGAUUCCCAUAACUGAGUGAAAUGAGAUAUUACAUGUUCAAAAUAACAGAGGGAGUAUGUCUGUCCCCCUCCCUCCUGCAGUUAUCUGUCUCAAACUAGUUAAAUUAUGUUGCUUUUAAAGGUGGCUAUCUUCCUCCAGAAGAAAUAAAAGAAAGAUUUGAUAGCAAUUGCAUUACUCCAGUAAGUAUUCUUCUAAUUCUAAUUUGGGAGUUGUCACAGUACUGAUCAUGGUAUUGUUGCGUGAUUCUUGGCUAAUCUCUGACUGGCUGUAGGUUUCUUCCCUCCUCCUAUCUUCAGAAUAGCUGUGUGAGGAUAGACUAGGAUCCAACAGCUUUUCUCUAGGCAACAAUGCUGUUUGAUGGCAUUCACAGAGGAAGAAUAUUCUUCUCUUUGGCCUCUCCUGCUGCACUGUAAGAACGGUGAGGAGAAACUGAAAGGCAGCAGCAAAGAUGGGGUGCUUUUUCAAAUUCAUGGUUUUUUUCCAUGUGGAAAAAUCUAAAUUUGUUGGCGUAUUAAGAAUUGCCCUGCCAAUGUCAGCACAGGUUUGGGGAGCUGUGGCAUACAGGGAGUUUCGGCAGUUCUAUAGGGUAAUCUGUUGUUAAUACCGUAGGUCAAAGAGGGCGCCUACACCAUGUUUUGGCAUUUGCCUAACAAGCAAGCUGUAGAGAUGGAGGCACGGACAUGCAUGCAAGAUUUGCCUUGAAAUGGUUUGGUAUUUGAAGAGGUUUUUUAAAUGUGUUCAACUGACCAAACUUAAACUCUCCUGUAAGUGGGAACCUUCUUUUACCAGAUAGCUUUUUCUAAGUGCAUUCUGUCAAACAUGCUUAAGAAUCUUCUUCAAGCCUUUGUGCUAGUUGUACAGAACUUUGCAUUACAGUUCCUAUGUUCCGUUAGGUGCUGGAACAUGACUUUAGGCUUAUUUGGAUUUCUAGCCAGAAAUUUCCCAUACAAAAAACCUUGGGCUACAACAGAGUUAUCUCUUCCAGCCCUAAUCCAGUGUUUGGUUUCAUGCAGAAACCUUGUGUGAAGGUGUGUUCAGCACAGAAAUCCUCAUAGGCUUAAGAAAAAUAAACCUUUUUUCACUAAGCAAGACCUGAGUGAUGAAGAGCUCAUUAUGUGAUGGAUUUGGUUGUAAGGGUUUCAAGUUUGGUUUCCUAGUAAACUUCAAACAUAAAAUGUUGACCUAAUCAUUAGCCAAGUUGUAUGUUUCUGAACCUCUUUGCUUCCUAGUGGAAAAAAUGUAAAAUAUAAAUGAGGCAUGGGGAAUUUCCUGUUGAGGAGAGUGUUCUCCGCGCCGCAGUGCUUCAUCUCUCAAGGGCUGUCUGCAGUGGGCAGGACCAGAGCCAGUAUAAAUAUAAAAGUGGGGGUUUCCUCUUUUCUAUUUCUGACACAUUUUUUCUCUCCCUUCCUCUACAUUCAGAGGGCUUCUGGGGACAGUUUUAUCUUGCCAAGGGGUUUGAACUGGUGACCAGGAGGUUCCCCACAUAUAUAAAUGCAGAUGCAGAUUGUAGUUGUGUAAUAAUAAUAUUUUUUUUUAAAAAAUAAAAUACUGUGUUGUAAAUUUUGUGGCUGUGCUUGAGGUUAAUUACUUAGUCUUGAAAUUCUAUGCCUGUAAAAUUGUAGUACAGUGGUACCUUGGAUGUCGAACUUAAUCCGUUCUGGGAGUCCGUUCAACUCCCAGAACCAUUUGAAAGCCAAGGUGUGACUUCCGGUUGGCUGUAGGAGCUUUCUACACUCAAUUGGAAGCUGCGUCGGACGUUUGGCUUCUGAAAAAUGUUCCCAAACUGGAACACUCACUUCCGGGUUUGUGGCGUUCAGGAGCCAAGCCGUUUGACAACCAAGGUACCACUGUACUAAUUGGAAGACUAUGACUAGGCAUUGGUAUGCCUCCCCUGAUGCAUUUUAGGGCUUGAGCUGUGUUAAUGCAGCUGUGGAUUUAUACUUGCUUAGGCAUAGCACUCUCUAUGGUUCAAGGAGUGUAGUAAUUGGGGGCAACUGGCUCUGCCCCCAAGCUUUCAUUUUGCUUCAUUUGCUUGCCCCUUCAACUGUUGGACUUUUGUGCUCUGCUUUUUUAUUUUUUUAAAAAUAAGAUGGCUCACAUCUGCAAUCUGCCCAUCACAAUCUAAAUUUUGUAUUAUAUUUCCCUGUUCUUUAGGGGACUGAGUUUAUGGACAAUCUUGCUAAAUGCCUUCGCUAUUAUAUUGCUGAUCGUUUAAACAAUGAUCCAGGAUGGAAAAACUUGGCAGUAAGUUUCAUACCCGUAUUGUUCAAUAAGUGGAACUUGUACUAUUCUUGACUGAUGCAAAUGAGUUCCAGAAGAUAGUUGUUUUAAUUGAAGAAGAUAAACCAACAGUUUAACAUCCAGGUAUAGUUUAGGAGUUCCCAAGGUGUUUAGCUGUUUUAUCUCAGAUGUGGAAAUUUUGAAAACCUAUCAUUAGAUCAGAUCCAUAGUUACUUUUGGAGUGUGUGAGCCCAGUGGCAUUUUGACCCCACUUUUACCAUAUCAACUUUGAAACACACUUGGCUUAAAAAUCAGCUUUUCAUGUGUGGUGUGGCAAGGCAAGAUGCGGGGGUGGGGGGCAUGUGCCCGAAUACGCCUGUGUGUUGUAAGAGGGUCUGGUGUGCCUUGAAAAAUUCACUACUAAUAACUUAAGAGCCUGACUGGACCAGGCCAAAGCUCUGUCUAGUUCUCUCCGUGGCUAGCAGACUCCUAUGGGAAUCCUGCAAGCAGGACCUGAGCACAGCAGCACUCUCCCCACAUGCAAGCCCCAGCUACUGCUAUUCAGAGGCAUAGAGUCUCCAGCCAUGGAGGUCGUGUAUAGUCCUCAUGGCUAGUAGACAAAUUCAUGGAGGAAAAGGCUAAUAGCCUCUUAAAGCCAUCCAAGUUAGUGACCUUCACUACAUCUUGUGGAGCGAACUCCAUAGUUGAACUUUUGGAUGUUUGUAUGUGAUGCCAAUAAAAGGUUUGAUGAUUAUGAUGAUAGUGGAACUGUGUGCUAUGUGAAGAGGCCCUCUAUUGCCUUGAAGCGGGAAGGUUCCAUGUGCUGGUGCCUCCGCCGCUCAUACAGCCUGCUGUGUAGCUGAUAGGCAUGGUAGGAUCACCUGGAAAGGCUUUCUGCCUGGGAAAAAUGGGGAAGCAGGAGGCAUUAUUAUCCAGACCAUCUCAUAGUUGUAAGGAGGAUGUGUGAAUGUUGUUUUGAGGAGUGAUGUGUAACUUUGUGCAUGCGUGCAAUGCGCUUCCAGUUUUGAUUUAUUUUUUAAAAUGUCCUAGGUCUUCAGGAACACUGUGCCAAAUAACACAAAUUAGUAGUAAUUUUAAUGGUGUUGCAAAGUAUUGAGUGUUUCGCUCUACUUUUUAUGUUUCCUCUUUGUGGUGAUGUUUGUAGGUUAUUUUAUCUGAUGCUAGUGCUCCUGGUGAAGGUGAACACAAAAUCAUGGAUUACAUACGAAGGCAAAGAGGUAUUUUUUGCGGUUUCUACAGUAAAAGUUGUAUCUACUGAUAUUAGUAAAAGUGGGCUGUUCAAUGUGAAUAGAUCUACUUUUUCUGAAUAUUUUUAUGCAAAAGUGCAUAAGCAAAACAGAUGUGAAAAAAGGUGUUUAGAACAGUAAAGAGAGGUGUGUUUUUUUUUUUUGAUGAAUCAUAAAUACUAUAGUGGUUUUAGAACAUUAGAUACAGUACAGUAUUAGAAUUAAAAACAUAGAGCACCUUGGAAUGAAAUAUUGACCUUUAAAAUGGGAGGGAAGGAAGGAGAGAGUGAGGAAGUCUGGCAAAGACAACACCAGGGCCUGCUCCAGUUGGGCUUUGGGCUUAAUCUUCAUGAAUUUGGAAUCUGAUUAAAUGGCAAACAAUCAUUAAAUAUCUUGGCAGCUACAGGUAUUCAUAUUAUCUUGUGAACCACUCUGAGAUCUUUUGAUAAAGGGCGGUACAGUCGUACCUUGGUUCUUGAAGAGAAUGCAUUCUGGGAGUCCCUUUGACUCCUGGAACCAUUCGAAAACCAAGGUGUGGCUUCUGAUUGGCUGCAGGAGCAUCCUGCAGCCAAUUGGAAGCCGUACCGAAUGUUUGGCUUCCAAAAAUCAUUUGAAAACCAGAACAGUCACUUCUCGGUUUCAAUUGUUUGGGACCAAGGCGUUUGAGAUCCAAGGUGCGACUAUAUAAAUCUAAAUAAAUAGUAUUCUGGUGAAAAUGCCACUAGGUCUGCCAGUUUUAUCAACUUUCUACUUCUGUAUUGCCUUUCUGACCUCUUGACUGUCUAUUGUGCUUUUGCAAUUUAUUUAUUUAUUUAUUUAUUUUAUACACUACCCUUUCCUACCAAAAGAGCCAAGGGCAGCAUAUGUAAUUUUAUUCAACCUUAGAGGUCAGCAAUAAGUCUUCAGUAAUUAUUUCCUUCUGCCUAAGAAUAAUAAAAUGUAUUUAACAUUUCUUUCUUUUUUGCUUUAGCUCAACCGAAUCAUGAUCCAAACACGCACCACUGUUUGUGUGGUGCUGAUGGUAAGUCCAUUUCUUAGUUUUCUUCCAUUAGUAAUUAUUCUAGCAGUUAAGUAGAGAAUGAUUUGUAUGGGUCAGUACUGUGUAUACUGAGUAAAUCACAUUUGUAAAACGUGGUAAUGCCAUCUUGGGGUCUACAGUUAUAUUUUGGAGGUUACUAAGGUUGUUAAAAAACUUAUGUCUACAUAAUUAACAUAUUUGUGAUUGCUUAGAGCUUUUAUUUACAAUUAGUUGGUUGGCAUCUGUCUGUUUUGGAAGACAAUGGAGGAGUACACCUUUGGGUGUGAAGUCAAACUGUUGGAAGGUUACAGCGUCUGCUGUGGCUCUAGAGACCAGCACAGGAGAGACAUGUUUUAUUGCAUCUGGGGCAGAGGAAACCAUCCAGUUGUGCUGCCGCCGAUGCACCAAGACAUUUCUUCUGUCUGCGCUCCUCCCAGCAAUCAUUUCUCCUCUGGGCACUGGUGUAGAUGCACGACCUGACUCUGUUUUCAGGUCCUGCGGUCAUCUGUUACGGAUUCUCACAUGAUGUGGUUGAUAUUGCCAGCCUUCAUAGCAUGUUUGCAAGCAUCAUUGUAGCGCAUGGUUUGCCAAUGGGUCUGGUGCCUGAAUUUACAGUUAAGCAGUAUACAUAUUCUGUUAUGAAAAAUAAUAAUGUUAUACUGCUAAUUGACAUACUUUGUUUUGUUUGAAGGAUCAUCUGCAUUGGCCAUUAUUGUAGUUAUUUACUUAGUAUUUGAUUUUUGCUUUAUUUCUUUUAUAGCUGACCUAAUUAUGUUGGGAUUGGCUACACAUGAACCAAACUUUACUAUAAUUAGAGAAGAAUUUAAGCCUAAUAAACCAAAGCCAUGUGCUCUUUGCAACCAGUUUGGACAUGAAGUUAAGGACUGUCAGGGUCUGCCAAAAGAAAAACAAGGGGAGGUAGGUUGAACAGUUUGCUCACUUUCUCAAGAGCCAGCGCGUUAUGCAAGAGAAUGAAAUGAUAGGUUUGAAUGAAGGAGAUUCCUGUUCAGAUCCUUCCUUAGCCAUGAAGUCAUUGUGUGGCUUUGAGUAAUCUCUGUCUCUCAGACUAACAUUGCAGGUUGGCAACAAGGACAUACCGAAACCCAUUCUCAAUUAUUUGUAAAGGAAGGAACACAAAGCAGGAUUCAUUUCCUUGAAAUAAAUGUGGUCUAACAAAUUAUGGGACUUGUGGGGAGGGGCAAAUCAAUUCAGCAGAAAUGCCAAAGUGCAUUUAAAUAUUGUGCAGCAAAAUGGGAAUGGGGUGACAGAUUAGAGUCAGCUCUGCAAGUUUAGACUUCAUCCCCUUGAUUUCAGAAACAGUCCCAUAUACUCUUACCUGAGAAUAAGGCAUGCACAGGAAUUUUCUGUAAUCUUAAUUUAUUAUUGAAGUGGCAUUCUGAAACACACCUUUCUAGAGCAAAGAACUUAGUGAAUUUAGCAGGACUUAGUUCUGAAUAAACAUGCUUAGGCCUGUGCUGUGGGAGAAGGUACUCUAAAGUAAAGCUUACAUACAAAUAGUAUACUAUUUUUCUCUUUUGUAGCACGAUCAAUUUGCAGAUUGUCCUCCUGGUUCGGAACAAGAAUUUAUCUUUAUUCGCUUAUGUGUUUUGAGAGAAGUAAGUAAUAUUUGGAUGUGUUUGAACUAAGGCUGUAAUCCUAUGCAGUGGGUCUCUGGACCUGUUAAAUACAUCAGGACUAACUUCCAAGCCAAUGUGCACAAGUUGCCAUGGCAACCAAAAAAUUAAUUCUGGCAAUCGGCCAGGAGAAGCCAUGUGUCUUGCCCUUUGUUUUUUGUUAGCUACCAGCAUUUUCCCUGUUCAGCAGCAAAAGGUGGUUUCAGGACAUGCUGCUGCUGAAUUGUCUUACAUUUAAUCCUGCCCUGCCUGCUCUUCUCUCAUUCCUCCGACUAGGUUGGCAUUUUGAAACAUUACUUCUAUUAGUCAGCUUUGUUCAGCUACCAUACAAGGGUUUUGUGUCUUGCUUCUCCAGAGAGUCUUGUCUGCAAGGUCUUUCGCUCUCUUCUUCGCAGUUGGCAUCUCUCUUUCACGCACCCCACUUUCCAUCUCAGAAAGGAGGGGGGAACUGCAGAAGUUUCACAAGGGCUCCCCACAUUUUGUUCUUCAGAGGCUGAUAAAGGAACAAAAAAGAUGAACUGGUUGUGAUGUAAGCUGCAGCAAAGGAAAAAACAAAAAUCUGGAGUAGACUUUUUUGUGGCAUGGAAAGAUCAUGUUCCUAGCCUUUUUAGCCAUGACAAACAACUUAGAGGGAAGGAGAAAAUUUUAAUUUUGCCAAGCUGCUGGAGGUGAAUUUGGAAAAAAUAGGACUGGGGGUUUUGGAGGAUGAAAUUGUUGGGGGAGGACAUUAUUUAAUUUCAAGGAAGAGUUAUGCAGGAAUUCCAGUUUGUGGGGAAAGAGUGUCUUUGCUAGAUUCUCACCUUAAUUCUGUGAGAGAGACAGAUUGCGCUUGCUUGAUGGAAAUGGCUACUUACCUGAAUCUGUAAUGGAUGAAAAGAGAUAAGCAUUUUCCAUAUGCUCUGAUAGCUUAGCCAUGGUGGUCUAGGCACUGGUAACCUCAAGCUGUAUUACUGCAAGGCAUUUUUUGUGAGUCCAAGAUUAAGGCUGGUUUGGAAGCUGCAGCUGCUGCAGAAUGCUGGUUAUUUACAGCAAUUGACAUCACUUUUGAAGAACUUGCACUGGCUUCCAAUAUGCUACUGGGCCACAUUUAAGGUGCCCUAAGCAAUUUCAAACCAGCCUACCUGAAGGGUCACCUUUCUCCUUAUAUUCUGCAUAUUCUUUGAGAUGGUGGGUGUUAUUGUUUUGUCUGUUAUUAGAGUUUGUAUUUUGUAUUUUUAUACUGUAAACUGCCCUGUGAUCCUUGGAUCGAGGGUGGUACAAAAAUUUAAUAAAUAAAAUAUGCUUAAGUCACUUUAGACAUCCAUUUGGAACGGAAGUGGGACAUUUAGCAUAGCAGUACCUUUAUUGUGGACUUGAUGGCCUGUCAAGGCAGGUUUUUGUGCCCCACUUUGAGAAUUCCCUCGAUUUAGUGGUAUAGAACUUUAUGUAUAAGUAACUGCACACUAACAUUUUAUUUCUAGUAGCAUCUGUAGAAAUGUGUUCCAUUUAUCUCUCUCUCUCUCAAAUAAUUCUAGUAUUUGGAAAGAGAGCUAACGAUGGCCAGUUUGCCUUUCACUUUUGAUGUUGAAAGAAGUAUCGAUGACUGGGUUUUCAUGUGUUUCUUUGUGGGAAAUGACUUUCUUCCUCAUUUACCUUCGUUAGAGAUCAGGUAUGGAAAGCAGCAUUAUAUGCAAAGUUACUUGAUGUGGUGAAAGGUUGUACAAUGAAUGUUACAAGAACGUGUUUAGGUAUCCAAAAGACUUUGGGCUCUUUCUGUGCAAUUUCCUCCUAUUUUUCAGAACCAAUAGCAUACCAUAACCUUGUUUUGAAAGUUCCUUCAGUUUCAAAAAUGGUUUGCUAUGUGGCAUAGAGUGGGGCUGAUAUUUGAAAAGCAAAAGCCUAAAGCCCUCUUUGGUGUACAACAUUUAUCUUUUAGAUUUAAGGCAACCCUUACCACAAACUGAAUAUAUGUGCUGUCUCUGUUUUCCUUAAAAACAAAACAAAACUGUUUUUAUUUAUUUUCAUGGUAGAGAAGAAAAUUUUUGAGAAAACAAUUGUUACAAUAGUAAACAACAAAUUACAAACUUUUAUCAUGCCAUGUGUUAAAGUUUCAUUUGAUUCCUCUAGAGUUCACACCAUGUUUUCCCAUGAGUGCUGGGUAGAUUCCUGCCAGCCUGAACGAUUUAUGUAUUCAGUAAACAUUUGCCAUACAUUAUAAAAGGAAUAUGGAUUGUGUUUGCCCUCUACCGCUCUCACCUGGCAUGUCAGUUUCUCAGCCAAUUCUAUUGACCAUACUCUGUUAUACCAAGAUUUGUAACAAUAAAACUUGGUGGUUAUGUAGCAAUUCUGAGUCUUCAAGAUGUGUCAAGUAACAGUGUUGCCUUGUUCUAGGAACCUUACGCAACUCUUCUCAACCUUGGGUUCCCAGAUGUUGUUGGACUACAACUCCCACCAUCCUCAGCUGGCCAAGGGUGAUGGGAGUUGUAGUCCGGAAACGUCUGGAGAUUGGAGGUUCCUGCCAAUAGGAGCAGAGCAAGAAUGGUUUUAGACAAGGGAACGCUGAGAUUCCUGUAUUGCAGGGGGUUGGACUAGAUGACCAUGAGGGUCACUUCCACCUCUACAAUUCUGUGGUUCUGUAAUAGGGCAUUAGCUGUUCCAAACUUAUUAACCACAGUUGGUUAUCAAGUGUGUGUGAUUUGAGGCUUUUAAAAUGCAUGACUUCAUAUAAAUAAUUACUGUAUUUUUCUGUGUAUAAGACUAGGGUUUUCCCCUAAAAUAAUAAUGUUAAAAAUUAGGGGGCGUCUUAUACUCUGGACCAUCCCCCCCCAUAUUCUUAAAUCUGAGUCCCCCAAAAUAGGGGCGUCUUAUACAUGGGGGCAUCUUAUAGACAGAAAAAUACGGUACUUUGUAUUGUUUAUAUUUAUCCUGCACAUUACAUUGAGGCUUCUUGAACGUCUGACUCCUCUGUGCCAUGGACUGGGCCUGGGCUCAUUCACUCCCAGUUUAGUAGCAAGCUUGCCCUGUCAUGUGUGCAGGUGGUUGUUGGUGUUUUGCCUUUAUAGUACAGGUGAUUCAGAAGUGCUUUAUCCUAAGUUGAGUUUAGAGGUUUUUUCCAGACCCCUGCCUUUUCUAGUUUCCCAUAAGAUAAUUAUAACAACUCUAAUGAGUUAGGUCGCUGCCCAGUUAAAACCUGUUUUCAAGUGAACUUGUGCUGCUUGCCCCAGAGAGUAAGGGUGGGGUUCUCUCUGUCACUGAAGGAAAGCAUUCAUGGGUUUUCCUUGUUUCCAGUGAUAUUCGUUAUGGGAAGGAAUGACAGCAGGCACUCUGUGAGAUCAGCACUGGUUCACAGAUUAGUAACUAAAUGCUGGUUCAGACUGUGUGUGUACAACAUCCUGUAAAAUGGCUAAAUGAAUUCAUUAUAUUUGUUUCACAGGGAAGGAGCAAUUGAUCGUCUAGUGAACAUAUAUAAAAAUGUUGUGCACAAAACUGGGGUAAGCCAUCUCACCCACCCACUCCAAUUUAAUCUCGUGGAACUUUAGGAGAAGGAAAGAUCGUUACAGUUCUGUUUUACAAUUUACAGGGAUACCUUACAGAAAAUGGCUAUGUCAACUUGCAAAGAGUGCAAAUGAUCAUGUUAUCUGUUGGAGAAGUUGAAGAUAAUAUUUUUAAGAAGCGAAAAGAUGAUGAGGUAAAAGAGUUCCUGUGACAUAUUUAUUGUGUAUCUGUGUUUUAUAGAGAAUAGUUUAAUUUAAUUACAUUAUUGAAAACAGUGAGUGUGGUUUAUUAUUAUCUUCGUGGUACUCUAGUAUGCAAUAAAUUAAAAAAUCAUGUUUUAACCAGAGACAUUAAAGGAUAGUUUGCCUCUGUAAGCUGUCAAUGAAUGUGUGUUGUAUCUGGGGUUUAUUUGAUGUUUUGAAUGGCUGGUGUAAUGUUUUUAAGUCAGUUCUGUGAGGAAAGGAAAAGAAACAGGAGCCGUGUUGGCCCAUGAGAGAGAGAGACAGAGAGAGACACAGAGAGUGUAAGGACAGCAAAACAAACAAUAACUUCAUUAGGACCGACAAAAAUAAUAAAUAAGUAUGCAAACCUUUGAGUUGAACAGAAUACUUCUUUCACUUGAAUGUGAGGGGGGAAUGCAAAAACAGAAGAAGAUUGUUGCUGGGCAGGGUGUUGCAUAAGACAUUCUUGGACAAAGAAGCAAUGGGAAGCUGUCUUACAGCAGACCUCAACUUCAGCUUCCAUUAUGCUGAGCAACAUUUUCCCAUUCCCUCCACACCUUUUGAUUUUUGCUCAGCGUCCAGUCUGUAGAAGACCUAGUAAACAUGAAAGCUUGCAUGUUGCUUUGUGAUUGACGGUGAUAUGUUGGGUGUGGAGUGUCUAUGUGUGUUAUGUGGUAGGAAAGCACCUGGAGAUUUAAAUAAACAAAUGGAUACUCCUAAACAUUUUUAUGAGUAUUUUAGUUGGAUUCCAGUUUUGUUUAGAACAACAGCAUUUUUUGUAGCAGGAAGUAGGGAGUUCUGCAUAUGACAAGUAUGAAUAAUUGUUUGAGCAUUUCCCCCCCCCCCCCCAAGAAAUGACCCUAAUAAAUAUUUCUGAUGUUUUUGGUUUUUUCCAUGUAAUUUGUAUGGUACACAGUUCUAAUAUCUUCAUUCUUCAUUUUAGGAAAAUUUCAGAAGAAGGCAGAAGGAUAAAAGAAAAAGGAUGAAAGUAAAUAUAGAGCUUCUAGCCCUGUUGUUUUUCCUUGCAACAUCCUGAUUUAAGACAAAUAUAUCAGUUUGGGUAAAAACAGCCUUAAUAUGGUUAUUUGUUUAUGUACGCCAACUUCUUGACCAUUUUGAGUUAAAAUGUAGGCUCAAAAUAAAUAAAUAAUGUUGCAGCUUUUUGCAAUACCCAUUCUAUCCCAAAUCACAAACUACCAUUGAAGUUUCUCAUGGACGCGUAACAUGGGGGCCUUUGAGAAACGUGCUUAGUGCUUCAUUAGGCUCAUGGAACUAGCUGAACAAUUAUUUAUAUCUCAGCUAUAGCAAAUGAUCCAGACUCCAAAUAACAUCUAUGUGCAUGCCCAAGAACUCAUCUGCCCCCAUUAGAUCUUUGACUUUUUUCCCUAUCUUAGUACAAAAUCUCACACACUGCGUCUGGACCUACUUUCAGUUAGGAAAGUGUCUUGCUGAGCAGCAUGGAAUGCUGCUUGGGUACAUAAACCCCUUAGCUAUAGGUUCCUUAGAUGCUAGACUAAAUUCAAGGCAUACAGAACAAUCUUAUGCCUGUUUUUCAGAAGUAAAUCCCAUUGAAUUAAAUGAGGCUUUCCAUAGGAUUGCAGUAAUAAAGACUUCAUAUAAAAAAGAUCAUGUUUUUUCUUGUGCCAUUUUUACACUUCCUCACCCUCCUCCCAAAACUUUUUCUGGUAACUUUUAUACAACACUUGAAACACCAUGUUUUCCACUGCUCCCAAGGCAGGGGGUGUUGAUUGAACUCCUCUAAGUGUAGUCUUUACGGUAGAUUUGUCUUCCCAUCACUCUCAUAUCUCUGCUUUAAUGCCACCAGCUUCCUCACAUAUGCCACUUGGAUUAAUAGCAGCUUAUUCUAAGGCCAGGUCUCAUAUUUCAUUUGAAACUUCUCAGAAUUGUCUAGGAACACUGAUGUUUGUAACUUAAAUGUCUUCUUAUGUACAUAAAAAUAUAAGAAUGUUGCCAUGCUGAAGUUUGGUUGGCUUCUGACAGGUGGCAUGAUGAACUACGGCUUGACUGCCUUUCUCCUUUGCCCCUGGACUGGUGAAAGGGAAAGCCCAAAUCUUUUGCCCCUUCAUUUCCCACUCCCCUACAUUUGCCACUGCUGGAAGGGAGGCAGAGCAUGAAGGAGAGAAAGUGUUUCCACCCUUGCAUCCUGCUGUGUUUCCUUCCUUCAUCCUCCCCCAUCCUCCCACCCUGCCUCAGGCUUCCCUCAGUGGCAAGGAGGUCUGAGGGAGGUUGGCAACCUAUGGAGGGGGGACAGGAUGUUGGGGUGAAGUGAGCAGGGGCGGCAGCCCCGUUUAUGCUUAGGAUUGUACUGUUACUCUCCUGGUUAGAUUUGGAAAUGCAGCCAGUGACAGAUGGCUAGCACAUGUUUAGAUUUUGGUUCUAAGCUUAUUUCAUAGUUGUAACACUUGUUCUGUUCUUUACAACUGUUUUAGUAAUGGAGAUAACAUAGUGACAAAACUGAAGCACUUUAACCAAUCUACUAAAACAAUCUAAAUCCAAGUGGAAGCAUUGGAUAAAAUGUAUACUGCUACUUACUUAUUUUAUCAGUGGAACCCUAGGCUUUUGUGUACAUAAUUGCAGCCUCUGCUGAGUCUCAGCAUUCAAGAAAUAUUUCAUUCUUGCCUGGAAAAUGAUGAUAAACAUUUCUGCUAAUGUAUGUCUGCUCACCUAGAGGGAACAGCAUUCUAUGCCUGGUGGCCAGUUCACCCCACAACCUUUGGGGAGGGGAAAUAGAGGAAGUCAUCAACCAAUCAAUAAUCCAAGACAUGCAGCCUUUGAAAUGAGAAUGCAAGACAGACAGAGCACUGUAAGUGAUUGAUCUGAACUUUGUCACAAGCAUAGAAGUAAUGACUAAGUGAGUUUAUAGACUUGUGGCUUACUAGUGGCUCAAUUUUAUUUCUGCAAGUGAAUCUCUUUUAAGUACAACUUCAAGUUCUUUUAAAUAGCUGUAGGUAAGCAACUGUCUUCUUGAACUUCACUAUACAUGUCACACCCUUAUUUAUUUAUUUAUUUAUUUAUUUAUUUAUUUAUUUAUUUGAAAUAUUUACAAAACAUCAGAACAGUUAUUAAAAUAGCUGACUACUCAGAACAUUGUAAGCAUCUGAACAGGCCUGUUAGCACAAACAAAUUUCAAGAGAUUGCAGGGGGUUAGAAUAAAUGAACCUUGUGGUCCCUUCCAACUCUGCAAUUUUAUGAUUGUAUGAAAGUGAGGUGCCUGAGAAUUCCAAAGAGAACACAAUACUUCUGGUUUCUGUUUAUUGUAGUUUUCUACUGUUAAUAUUUAUUGUUUUUGGCACUCUGAAAUAUCAUUUAUUAACUCUUUCCCCACCAUUCGUCCAAAAAUCCCUCCUUUUUCCUACUCCCCAUUUUCUAAUUUUACCUUUGCUCCCUUGGUCCUAGAGGUUAAACCCAGGGUGAGACCAGGAAUUGCCUUUGUCUCCUUACCAUGUGCCUCUGUGCAUAUGUUUGUAUGCAAACAUUAGUUUUAAAAUGUUUAAAAUGUGUUGUUGUUUUUUAAUUGUUUUGAUGUUUGCUGUCCUGGGUUCCUUUGAGAGGAAGGACUGGGUAGAAAUUUAAUCAAUCAGUCAAAUUAAUGAACUCUUGAGACAUACACAUACACACCCCAGUUUCAUGUACAAAGAAGUUUGCUCCAUAUGUAUGGAGCCAAGACUGGCAUUUUCCAACACAAAUUUCCACUGUUUACAUGAAGUUAAAACAACAUAUAUGCACUUUUAAUGGUUUUAACUGAUAGAUGCACCUAAGAAAAUUGUAACACAUAAAGUAGUCUUCAGCUAUGUUGAGCUGGGGGAGCAGGAUCUCUAGUGGUAUGUUUUCCUUCUUUUAAACACAGCGACUCUCCCUGCCUGCCAUAUUACAAUCUGCUUUUGAACCGCACCCCCCCCCCCCCCGGUGGCUUUUUACGUGGAAUGGAAUGCUACUUGCUCAAAGCCACUUGGGUGCCUGGAACUAGCUUGCACACGAUUCUUUUGGAUCCCAGCUUCUGCACCUCAAUAAAAUAGAUGGUUCUCUUUUUAUUUCUUUAUGACAAAGCCAUUAAUUUUAUAAGUGUAAUGAAACCUUUUUCCAACUAUCUGCCUGACAACUGCAUCCCCAGACUCCUUCAGCGUCUCCUAAUACGAGUUUCACCUCUGAUGGUUCACCAUCCCCAGCAGGAGGAAUUAAGCGGAAAGUAGAGGACAGUGACAGUGAACCUGAGCCUGAAGAUAAUAUCAGGUGAUACAUUUGGUACUUUGUUAGUGAAUUGUCAAAAGGGAAAUCGCCUCAUUAAUACUGUUUACCCUUUAUCUAUAGCACCUUCUAAUGCUUUUCCAUGAUCUUUUUAUCCACCAAUAAUUAAUGUGGAGGGUUGGGAUACUCAGGAAAUUCCAGUGAGAUGUGUAGGCUAUAGCUGUUAAAUUUUAAGUGUCUCCAUUAGUAUGCAUGAAGGUUUUCGUCCUAAAAGCUACUUCUCCCUUUGAGACUCAGCACCAGAUUGGCUAGAGGUUCAAUAUUCAGCUCAGCCGCUGUGAGCAGAAUGUCAUUGUUUUACAGCAUAAAUGAAACUGUUUAACUCUUAAAGUUCUACAACCAAAUCUCUUUACUUAAGGCUUUACUUCAGCUCCUUUGGGGAAUUGGAUUAUUGCUAAAGGAUAUACUUUUUACUCUCAAAAUUCCAGGCUAAAAACCCAGCAGCUCCAGUUUAAAAAGCCUCAAGCUGGAAGCCUCUGCCUGUCAGGGUAGACAAUAUUUGGCUAAGUUGACCAGUGAUUUGAUUCUGUAUAAGACAGCCUCAUGAGUUCAUAUAUUCUUCCGUGUACUCUUAAAUAUGUCAGAAAUUGUGGCAUGGAUCCAAAGUAGCACAGAGUCACGGCUGCUUGUAUAUGGGCACCUCUUACAGCAACUCCCCUCUAAAAUGCUUUCCAAAAGCUGGGGGAUUCUCCAUUAUAGCUUUUAAUGGGGAGCCUGUAGUUUUUGGGAGGACUUAUGUACUCUUUUGUGCUUGUUCACAGGGUGAGGGGGUUGGAUUCAGAAAAUGUAUUUUAAUAUACAUGCUUCACUGUUAGGUUAACUGCUCCCAAGAGAAUAAUAAUAACAAUAACAACAACAACAACAACAACAACAACAAUAAUAAUAAUAAUAAUAAUAAUAAUAAUAAUAAUAAUUUAUUAUUUGUACCCCGCCCAUCUGGCUGGGUUUCCCCAGCCACUCUGGGCGGCUUCCACAGAAACAAAAAAUACACUAAAAUCACACAUUAAAAACUUCCCUGAACAGGGCUGCCUUAAUAUGUCUUCUGAAUGUCAGGUAAUUGUUGAUCGCUUUGACAUCUGAUGGGAGGGCGUUCCACAGGGUGGGCGCCACUACCGAGAAGACCCUCUGCCUGGUUCCCUGUAGCUUUGCUUCUCGCAAUGAGGGAACCGCCAGAAGGCCUUCGGCGCUGGACCUCAGUGUACGGGCAGAACGAUGGGGGUGGAGACGCUCCUUCAGGUAUACUGGGCCGAGGCCGUUUAGGGCUUUAAAGGUCAGCACCAAUACUUUGAAUUGUGCUCGGAAACGUACUGGGAGCCAAUGUAGGUCUUUUAAGACUGGUGUUAUGUGGUCUCGGCGGCCGCUCCCAGUCACCAGUCUAGCUGCCGCGUUCUGGAUUAGUUGUAGUUUCCGGGUCACCUUCAAAGGUAGCCCCACGUAGAGCGCAUUGCAGUAGUCCAAGCAGGAGAUAACCAGAGCAUGCACCACUCUGGCGAGACUGUCCGCAGGCAGGUAGGGUCUCAGCCUGCGUACCAGAUGGAGCUGGUAAACAGCUGCCCUGGACACAGAUUUGACCUGUGUCUCCAUGGACAGCUGCGAGUCCAAAAUGACUCCCAGGCUGCGCACCUGGUCCUUCAGGGGCACAGUUACCCCAUUCAGGACCAGGGAAUCCUCCACACCUGCCCGCCUCCUGUCCCCCAAGAACAGUACUUCUGUCUUGUCAGGAUUCAACCUCAAUCUGUUAGCCGCCAUCCAACCUCAAACGGCCUCCAGGCACUCACUCCAGGAUAUUAGUUCCACAAGCAAAACUUGGAGCUCCUAUUUCCUUCAAAUAGCACACAGUUGUACUUCAUGCUCACAACAAACUGUGUGGUAGCUUAGGCUGAGUGAUGAUGAGUUGUCCAAGCUCUCCACCUGCCACACAAAUGUCAUGGUCGAGCAAGGCCUGGUGACUGAGAUCCAAAGAAGCUUUUUGGCACAUGUCUCUAUGUGUGUACAGAGACACAUGCUGGGGAAGGAGUGGUUUCCCUUCCAGCUGAAUCUGUUUCUUCUACCGUGUGCCAGAAGGACCUCUGUGAACCUCUAUAAAAGCUUCUUGGAUGAAGUGAAGGGGGCUGCAGAAGGAAGAGGGGCCCAAAAAGCCUCUCUUUGAAUCCCAGUCUAUGUGCACUCAUAUGUUUGGCUAACAGGAAGGGAAUGGAGGAAAGAAUGAGAAAGGUAUCUAUGUUACUUACCUCUUAAGAGUUUUCUGGGGUCAACAAAGGCAUGUGAUGCUGUUAUACUACUUAAUCUUGUAUUAAAACGAUUUUAAAAAUUGAAUUGUAUGUUAUUUCAAGUCAUGUUAUACAAAAAAUAAUAACAAAGCUUGAAUUGUUGUACAGGUUAUGGGAAGCUGGCUGGAAACAGCGCUACUACAAGAACAAAUUUGAUGUUGAUGUCUCUGAUAAAAAUUUCCGUCGUAAAGUUGUCCAGUCUUAUGUAGAAGGGCUUUGCUGGGUUCUCCGGUACUAUUAUCAGGUACUUACUAUCUUCCAUUAAAAUUUAUAUAAUUGCAAAAAACUUCAUUUGCUUGUCUCCCAAAUAAUGUAAUAAGACUCAGCAAUGGCAUAAUUAGAGGUACAUCUAGCAUCAUUGCUGGUAUAGAAUUGACAGAGGAGUAUGCAAAGACCGGAGCAGGUUUUCAUUGUAAAUCUGGAUAUUUAGACACAGAGGAGACCCUGUGACAUUUUCAUUACUUGCUUGAAGCUGUCUUCAUGAAAUUGAUUUUAAUAGCCAUCUUUUUUCUUUUCUUUUUUAAGUAUUAUAAUGGUUUAAUUCUGUUAGCUAUAUUGAGCUCUUUAAAGCUUAAUAAAGCAAAUCAUGUUGUAGUGUUGUAAUGAUGUUUUACAGCAACUUUAUUUUGGUAAAACCCUGAUACCACGAAUGAUCAGUCGGUAGUGCAAUUAUUAUGUUAUCUUUCUACAGAAGCAUAUUGAAAAGUUUAAAUUAAGAUUUGGGGCAAUUAUAAUGCACUGCUAUUGUGUGUGUGUAAUGGUCAGAAAUGUUUCAUUCAAUUGGAGUCUGAAGAAAUGUUUAACAAUAGAUAAUGAAGGAUAGUUAUUAUAAAGAUAAAUAAAACAGGUCUGUUGUGCAGAUUCAGAAACUUCUGGAUUAGUUAAAGCCAGUAGACAUUAACCACAUUUAAAUAAGAUGCCCUCACACCCUGGCCUUCUCUCUUUGCCAUAGGGUUAUGUUGAGGUAGUAGAUUUGGUUUAGAUCCAGGCAUGUGUUUUGGAAGUUAUUGGUGUUUGCUUUGAAUUAGCACUUAGUGUUACUUUUGUCUGAAUGAUUUCUCAAAUCACAUCUCAUGCCAUUGUUUUUUGUAACUUCAAACUUCCUUAAUAUAAAAGGAACAUGUUCUAUGAUUUCAUGGGGACGUCACUUUAAACCAUGAUUUAACGCAGUAUAAAUGAGCUGAACCUCUCCUGAGGUUUAUGUGCUCCUGCUUCCCUGCACAACCUUGCCUCUUGCUUGGUGUGGGAGACAUCCACUGUGGGUUGUGCCUUUUCCAGCCACCCAGAAAGCAAGGAUGUGGUCUAGAUUUUCUCUCCCUUUAUCCUUUCUCCUGCUGGUGGCUCCUCAGUUCAUUUCUACUCUUUCCAGCAUAGAAGUUGUGUUCCUCUCCCCAUUAUUCUUAGCUCAGGCCUCUGUUUUUGGUAUGCAUCUCCUCUUCUUAAAAAAUGUUCCUGCCUUCCUUCUCCUUCUUCUUCUUCUUCUUCUUCUUCUUCUUCUUCUUCUUCUUCUUCUUCUUCUUCUUCAGCUUAUUACAGCUAUCUCUCUGUAGUGCUUUUGAUUCCACAAUAAAUAAAUAAAGCCUUUUUGCCUCUGUUAGUUUUCUGUCUGGCCUUUGCCUUCUGCUCAACAAUGGCUCCGACAACAAAACAGUCUUCUGGCAAACUAGCUGCAAAAAGUAAAAGUGCAUUAGGAUUGUUGGGAAGCAAACUUUUGUCAGCUAUAAUUGCAACAGUCAGUGAGUCAGGAUUCUGUGAGCUUGAAAAGUCUGAACUGUUUACUGACUGAAGGAUUCAGCAGAAAUGCACUCAGCCUGGCUUUAUCUAGAACCUAUAAGCCAGCUGUUCUUGCUCUUUAGAUGACUUCUACCUCUUCUAUCUUUGCUAGUCUCCUUACUGUAGCUGGAGGAUCUUAUUCAAAACCAAAACCUGGACUGCAGUGUAAUGCAGCAGCAAAUAAAGCUAAUGCUAAUCUAGGCUUCAUCAACAGAAGUCUGGUGUCCCAAUCAAAGGAAGUCAGAGUCCUGCUCAUUUAAACCCUGGUCAGACCAAACCAGUUCUGGGCACCGCAGGUUAAGACACUGCAGGUUAUUGACAAGCUAGAAUGUGCAUAGAGGAGACUUUGGCUAAACAUUAGGAAGAACUUCUGUAUAGUAAGAGCUGUUCCACAGUGGAACAGACUCACAUGAGAGAUGAUAGACUCUUCUUUGGAGGUUUUUAAGCAGAGGUUGAGUGGCCAUCUGUCAUGUAUAAUUUAGUUGAGAUUUGUGCAUUUCAGGUGGUUGGACUACAUGACCCUCAAGGUCCCUUCAGACUCUACAAUUCUAUGUCAUUGACCCAAGGCAUGUGACAGGCCACAUGCUGGAUCUGGUUUUCUCAACUGGGCAGCAAAGCACUCUGUAUAUAUAUACAAAAUGAUGGCAUCAUAUGCACGGUUGAAAGCAAGCUAGUUGAAGUCCCACAAACUAAUUGCACAAAAAGCAAAGAGCUUAAAAGCUCCUUUUGCAGUGGGUUUUCCUGGUGCAGAAAUAGCUUUUAAGCUCUCUGUCUUGCUUACAGGCUCAGGGAGGCUCUUGCAGGAACUCCGGCAGCCCUGUGAGAGCUUCCCAGAGCCUGGAUAGCAAGGGUGGGUGUUGGCGCAAGGGUCUUUUGGGUAUAUGUCGUUUUGCCAUUUCUGGAACAUAAUCCCCACACAAGAUACAGUUGUGCUGCAGGCAUCUAGAUAUAAUUGUAUAGCCAUAUGCUUCCUUGACACACUCCUGAAAAAUGAUAAUUAGAAUUUUGAAUCUGUUGAGUUUAAUUAAUAUGGUAUCCAUUAUUAAAAGCAAAUUUUGAGAAGCAAUGCUUUUAUAGAAACUAAUGUUUUUGUUAUGGAAAAUGUUCUGCCCCAUGCUGCUGACCGUUGGUGAAUUGUAUUAUAGAUGUUACAAUCACUUGAUUUCUUUUUCAGUGAGUAAGUUUGGUAUGCCAUCUUUGCAGUAUAUUACAAGAAGUUUUCAAUAUGUAAAGCGGUGGCAACUGAGUUAGUAGUAAUGUAAACUGACAUUGCCACUGGAAAAGAGAUUUGUGGUCACUGUUUCAUUUGUUGAAUUGGUAUAUUGGUCCCAUAUCUUAAGUUGGUUUACCAAAAAAAUAUAUUUUGGCAAAUACGUAUGUUGCUUUAGAAAUUGAUGUGAAUUAGUCACCAGAUGGCUUUCAGUCUUGCCUGUCUCCCUACAGAAGAGUUACUGGGUCUUCUAGCUGUGACUUGGUUUCUUCUUACAUUUUGCAAACUAGGGGUGUGCCUCCUGGAAAUGGUAUUAUCCAUUCCAUUAUGCGCCAUUUGCUUCAGAUUUUGAAGGAAUUGCAGACAUGCCCUCAGACUUUGAAAAAGGAACCAAACCGGUAAGAUUACUGUUCAUCUUUAUAAUUAUUUGGAAGUCACUAAUAUUGUUAUGGGGGUGAUCAAAGUAGUUAUUGCUGUUGACUUUUGUUUUUGGCAGUUCAGACCUCUUGAACAACUUAUGGGAGUCUUUCCUGCAGCUAGUGGUAACUUUCUCCCACCAACUUGGCGGAAUCUUAUGACUGAUCCGGUAAGAAUUUUGCUUUUGUUUAUUCACCUUUUCAUCUAUUCAAAAUUGAAAUGUUUGUUUGGAUAUUCUAUUAAUAGCUUCAGUAUCUGUCUGAAUAAUGUGCCUGUUUUACUCUGUUUACUGGAGACAGAAACUUGGAAAACCAUACUGACUUGAGGUCAGGGUACACCUCUUCCAGUUGGAGCCCAAUUUGUUCUUUGCUAGCUGUAGUGAACUGAGGAACAGUUAGAGCUAGGACAGUGUUUCUCAAACUGGGGCCUCCAGCUGUUGUACUGCAACUCCCAUCAUCCCUAACCACUGGUCCUGCCAGCCAGGGAUGAUGGGAGUUGUAGUCCAACAACCGCUGGGAGACCUAAGUUUGAGAAACACUGAGAUAGGAUGACCUCAAAUGGCCCCUCCAGCUGUCCCAAUUCUGGUCAAGCCACAUUGUGGAGCAUGUACCCAAGAUAAGCAAUGAGAACUACAACUGGCAAGAGAGAUUAAGGCUACUGUCUGAAGUGUUAACAUUUAGAAAAUGUCCAGAACUUGCAGUUUGAAAUUUCAAACUUUAGAUGUGGUUAUUGCACCAGAGCUUGAAAAUUGUCAACAAAGUACUGUUCAUUUUGACCUGUUCUUCAUACAGUGGUACCUCAGGUUAUGAACAGCCUAGCCAAUGAACUUUUUGGGUUGCAACCACUUCAGACCCGGAAAUGAGUGUUCCGGGUUGUGUGGUUGUUUGGGGGGGGAUAUAUGAACAUACUGCAGAGGUACACUUCCGUUUUGAGUGCAGCGGCAGCGGAGAAGGGGGUCAUCACGACGUUUCCCGUAGCAGCAAGGGAGCGAAGCUGCGCGCCCGCCAGCCAGCUGGCUCUUGUCUUGGGAAACCGUGCGGCCUUUCCAUGCACCUCCGUCUCCCUCCGCCUGGCCGGGCUGUGGGAGGAAGGCGCUCUGCUUGCACAACAGCGAUGGCUGCUCCCCAGGAACCAUGCAGAGGCGUGCUUGCAGCUGCCUUAGCCGUCCGCCCCGGUAGUCGGAGGGCAAGGAGGAGGCGAGUCCAGCUGGCCGGGCGGAGGGAAGUUGCACAGCGCUUACUCCCAGGUGCACAGAAUGGUGGCCGUCUGGACUUGCUCCCUCCUCCCCCUCCGACUUACCGGGGCAGUCGGCCAAGGCAGCUGUGAGCACACCUCCACAUAGUUCCCAGGGAACAGCCACCGCCAUUGCAUGAGCAGAGCGCCUUCCUCUCACAGCCCGGCCGGGCAGGGGAAAUUUUAUUUGCUGCCAAGCUGCUUGGGAGAUGGAGGUGCAUGGAAAGGUUUCCCAAGACAAGAGCCAGCUGGCUGGCAGGUGCGCAACUCCCCCCCACCCCAUGCCGCGGCGGGAGCAUUUCCCGCAGCAGCAUGGGGGGGGGGAUCUGUGUGGAUCCCAGUUCAACUGCUGAGUGAUUGAUUGUGUGACUGUGGAAAUGGAUAAAAGCAAACAAUGACUAUCAUUAGUACAGGUAAGAAAAAUUUUUAAUUUUCAUUUUUAUCAUCUACAAUACUGUUUUAUUUAUUUUAUAGUACGGUAUAGUACAUUGAUUAUUGUUUUCAUUUUAUGGAUCAAUGGCCUUGUUAGAUAGUAAAAUUCAUGUGAAAUUGCUGUUUCAGGGGUUGCUUUUCAUCGUCUGGAACGGAUUAAUCCGCUUUGAAUUACUUUCUAUGGGAAAGCACGGUUUGGUUUAAGAACGCUUUGGUUUAAGAACGGACUUCCAGAACGGAUUAAGUUCGUAAACCAGGGUACCACUGUACUGAGUUUGAAAAGAAGAAAAGAAAUAGCUUAUAUGUAUUAUUAUUUUUAAUUCAGAAAACUUGAUAGACCACUUCAUCAAAAAAGAUGAUGAGUCAGUGUGGUGUAGUGGUUAGAGUGUCAGACUGGGACCUGGGAGAUCAGGGUUCAAAUCCCCCAUUCAGCCAUGAAGCUCACUGGGUGACUUUGGAUCCGUCACUGCCUCUCACCCUCACGGGGUUGUUGGGAUUAAAGGAGGAAGGACUGUGUGGACCACCUUGCACUCCUUGGAGAAAAGGGGGGGAUGUAAAUGCAAUAAUAACUAAAUAGGGUCUCUGAGCUUGUGCAAGAUUAAUCUAAUUCCUCAUCUGUUACUGUACAAAUCUCUGAAUCACUGUGAUGAUUUUGUUUUUUAAAAAACAGGAAUCAAGUAUAAUUGAUUUUUACCCCGAAGACUUUGCUAUUGAUUUGAAUGGAAAGAAAUAUGCUUGGCAAGGUAAUAUUUAAGAUCACAAAAUUAAUACUUGUUCAUCCAUAUGUCUUUGGAGUCAUUUGAACAAAACAAGAAAGAAUUUAUUCUGUAAGUCAUGUUUGCAACCACUUGCCAAAAUGAUUUAUGUGUCUGUUAUCAGAUAACAUUAUUUUGGCUUGAAAUUAACCAAAAUACAAUUCAUUAUUCAUGUAGCAUAUUUUGUUUUGGAGUAUUUUAAUUAUUUGGCUGCUUUGAGUUACUUUUAUAACAGAAAGCCAGAUAGAAAUACUUGAAAAUAAAUUUUGGGGUCUUGCAUUCUUCAGUAAUUUUAUUAGGAUUCUGAGAACCUUUAUAACUUGGAAUGUAGAACUUCAGUGUUCUGAAAUAGCAAAAAACUAAAAGCUAAUACCAUAAUGAACUGAAGAAAAGUUAUAUAUUUUCAUGUAUACUUGACACAGUUCAUUGGUACAGUCUAACCAAAGUUAAUUUUAAAUCUUCUAGUCUUCAUUUUAAAGAGUGUUUAUUGACUAGGUUGUGCUUUAUACUUUUGCAGCAUUUAUUUCUGUUGACUAAAGAGAGUUGAAAUGUGACUGUGCCCAUAAGGAAUAUAUACAUGAUUUCAUGUAUGCCUUGGAACGUAACCCCCCGCGUAAACAGGAGGUUGCCUGUACUAUUAAGUCUCACUAAUUUCAGUGAGAGAGCUAAACCAUAUGCUUAGCUUGGCUUGAUUUGGUGAGCCACUGUAAGAACAGGAUGUUGAACUAGGUAAGACUAGGGUCUGAUCCAUUAAGGAUCUUUUUAUGAUUUGGGGACAAUUUGGCUUGAUCUUGCCAAAGUUUCUUCUACCCUUUUGUACUAUUUUGUAACCUUAUGUUUUGUACUAUUAAAAAGAAAAUAUGAACUCUAAUGAGUUGUUUUCUGUAGGAGUUGCACUGUUGCCUUUUGUUGACGAACGCCGUCUGAGAGCUGCUCUAGCAGAGGUGUAUCCUGACCUCACCCCUGAAGAAAGUAAGAGUUGCAGGAUUAAAGAAUCUUUCUGAGUACCAAGGCUUUUGGCAGUGGUACUUUUGUGCAAUGCUACUUUUUCCUACUAUAAAACCCGCAUCUGCCUUUCCACACCAUAAACCAGUUUGCUUUUAUUUUGAUCUCAGGUGCCAAGAACUGUUACCAUUCUCAGCCUUAGUGCUCAGCCUUAGUAACCUGUAUAGAAUGAACAUGCAGCCUCUGCAUUAGUCCUGAUGUGUCACAGUUUAAGCUGAAUCUCCCUUUUUGCAGUAUUCUGACUCCUAUUUUGACCAAAUAUGUCAAAAUGCUCCACCCAAAGGCUAAGAAGGGUUGAACUAUUGCUUUCUGCCUCUGUUAUGAUACGGACUGCUCUUCAUCAAGGGCAAGACAACCAGAACCACAUUCACAUUGAUUAUAACUUCAAGAAUUGUGCUUGAGCUUGCUUUUCCUUCCUCUCAUUCUUCCUUCCUUGUGUUUCAUGCCUUUUUAGAAGUCAUCUAAAGGCAGCCCUGAUUAGGGAAGCUUUUUAAUGUUUUUAUAUCUGUUGGAUGCUGCACAGAAUAGCUGGGGCAACCCAGUCAGAUGGGCAGGGUACAAAUAAUAAAAUGAUGAUGUAGAAGAAGAACCCGAGGGGGGGGCAUCCUUAGAACUGAUUUUUCCUAAGUUACUCUGAGAGCCUUUUUGGUUAAAGGUUUUUUUUUUUCCAUUCAUUUAUUAUUAUUUGCCCAAAGGCCUAUGCAGUUGUUUAAAUUUUUAUUGAGUAUUCCAUCAUUUUAAUUACUGUUUUCUACAGCUUUACAUUGGUUUGUACAUUUACAGGUUUUUGCAUUGCUGUGCCCCCUGUUUUAUGAGAGGGCAGUAUAUAAAUACUUUCAGAAAGACAUCUGGUGCCAGACUCCUAGAGUUCCUGGCUUGAUCCCCAUGGUGCAUGACACCUUGUAAGCAAAUGGUUAAGUGUGUACCAAAUGGACAGAAACUUCAUUGUGGUCCCACACUAGUACACUGAUAAAGCAAUGGAAGGUUGUUCAGUUACAUUAAGCACUAGUAUAAGACAAAUGGAUGCUCUCCUCUCCCCCAUUAUUCAGAGUAAACUUGGAUGCUCAUCAAAGCAAACAUCCCUGUACAAUGUCAAAUCAAUGAUAAAUCAAGAGAGGACUUUUUUAGUUUAUGGUGCCGGCAGUAAGCAACAUGAGCCUGUUUUGUAAGUAUUACUCCUUAAUUAGGUUGCUCUUAAUGAAGAAUUAUCACCCCCUUCUUUUUUCAGUCAGAAGAAAUAGUCUUGGUGGUGAUGUUCUCUUUGUUGGGAAACAGCAUCUACUUCAUGACUUCAUUCUCGAACAGUACAAGUCUGGUGAAAAAGAGGUGCGUCAAAUUUUUUCUAAUGGAUAUUACAUUUAAUUCAUUCUUGUCUGGCUCAUCUGAUCAGGAUUUUAUUAUUCCCCAAUAGGCAGUAGGCCUUCCCCCUGAACUGUGUCAUGGUAUUCAAGGAAAAUUAGCCAGGAAUGACAAUCCAGUUCUUCCUGAUGAGUAAGUAUAACUUACAGCAGGGUUUAUUUGCUGAUUAAGAAUCCCUCCUUGUUCAGUGUUCUUCAGACAAAAUAAAAUUAGUUUGUAGUUUAUUUUCCUCCUUCACAAUGAAGAUCAAAAGCUGCUUAAUGCAUGCCACUAGCUUUCAGUUAUUGAAUAGACACGCAUAGAUGGGUCAUGCCCCAAUUGAAGAUGGUUUGCUAAAGUUUUAAAAAGAAGGAGGGAGAUCUGGUAGAGGAAAUUGGCUAGAGUGAAGAAUAAGAGAAUAAAAGGCUAACAGAAAGUAGGUCCCAUGUUGGAGGGAUGGGAUUAAAGGUGAGUCUGAAAACACUGAGAAGUGUUAUGGACACCAAAGGGAUGGUUAACAUGAGCUGAUGUAAGCAUGGCAAAAUUUAAAAUGUUUUUAGUUUUGAAAAUGGACAAUCAAUUUUGAUUAAUUUUUGCUGUAUUGUAUUCUAUUAGUGCAGUAUUGAUUAUUCAACUUUCUGUACUGUUUGAUGACAUAUUACGUGUGGUCACUUUGAAAUGUUAAUAUGCUGCCCUUCCCAUUUCUUUACCAUUUAGCUUGGAUUAAAGCAUAUUGCCUUAGCUUCUUUUAGUUUUCCAUUUCAAGCCUUGUUAUUUGAGGUUUUUGUCUUAGAAAUAUUUAGCAUGCAAAAUACUUGUGCAGCUCUCUUGUCAAGAAUUUGAUCCCUUCAGUCAGUUAAAUGUCAUUUGGUAUUAAGUGACCAUUGCCUGCUUACAUCAGAUACAUUUUCCAUUUUUCUCUACAGCCAAGAGAGUUUUUCUUCUAAAUGAAUAGUUGUUCCAUUUUUCCAUAUCCAUUAGGACAUUGCACUCUCCUGUGCCCAUGCUGCGUGACCUGACACAGAAUUCUGCAAUAAGGUAAAAUGUGUAUGGAUGAAGUUACCCAAAUGACUUCCUCUAGGUCAUGAUGUGAAGUCCUCAGUAGCUGAGGUGUUCACCAGUUCCUGGUUAGCUUCUCCUCUUGAGACUAAUGGGGUAUAUGAAAGGGAGAGGGAACCAAAUUAAUGAAGUUAGACGUUUCCUCAUUUCUCAGGCUCUUGGUUAUGUGGGCUUGAAGGCAACUAAGCUGCUAAAUCUUGGAAAAUACGAGCGCUUCCUUAGAAUGAUGGAUCAAAUAUUUUUUAUUCUAAACUGUAUUCAGAUUAUGAAUAUAACUGCUGGUUUCCCUUUCCUUAUUGCAGAGGGAUCUACUGACUCCUCCCAGCUGUUAUCUUAGCAAUAGUGAUGGUCUCUGUCUUAAUUAACUCCUUUUUCUGAGUCAUCCACAUAGUGCAUGAAUAAAUGCAUCUGACUAGGGCUGAAAAAGAGAGAAUUUUGCCUACACAAGUGUUGGGGGACCACAUGAUUGGCCUUAUCAGAUAGUGACCAGCCUUUCACAGACCACAUUUGACAGGCCAUUAUGAUGUCAGGUGGAAUUGAUCCUGCCCCCAAGAUGUGCUGGUUGCACUUGGCACCAACUUUAAGCCUUCCUCAACCAGAUGUUGUUGGACUCCAACUCUCAUCAGCCCCAGUCAGUAUGACUAUUGGUCAGGGAUGAUGAGAAUUUUAAUCCAAAGCAUCAGGAAGGGUGGGAACCAGGUUGUACACAUAAUUGCUCCUGUACAGCCCCAGUUUACAAUUGGCACUGAAUGCAAGUCAUAUAGGCAGAAUCCAAGCUCUCAAGAGGACCCAUCCUGCCUUAAAGCAGUGGAUCUUGUAUUCGGUGCCAGGUGUAAAUGACUGGAUGCAACUCUGGGUUGCAAAGGAACAAUUCAGAGCGCCCUGUAAGUGGCUUCUCCUGUCCUGCCCAUGACACCCUGUGAUAUGAGGUGAGUGACAAGUGGCUGUGGCCAUUUCAAAACAGAUCAAAUCAAGAGGCCUGGUGAGCUCUUUUUUCAUCUUUGGGCCUGAGUUGCUUUCUACUGAUCCUUGCUGUAUUCUGAAGAGAGAAAAUAAGUUACCAACUUUAAUGUCACAUAACAGGCAAUGUGUUAAUUCUUCAUAAUUGUUUCAAAUAUUUUCAUUCUUAGUAUCAACUUUAAAGACCCACAGUUCCAAGAAGACUUUAUUUUUAAGGCAGAGGUGUUAUCUGGAGCAAAGUAAGUAACCCUUCUGUUUACCCUUACCAGUUCUUCUGAACCACUUGCAGCGCUGUAGAAUGGGUGAGAUUGAUUUUGUGGGUGGUCCUAUGUCUUGUUUCAGAGAAUUGAACUUGAUGGCCUUCAGGCCUUCCAACUCUGUGUCUCUAGUGCCUAUUAGAUUGAACUUCCUUGUCUUAUUAUUUAGAAAGCCUCCACCAGUUCUGAAGCCAGGUGACUGGGAGAAAACUAACAAUGAUGGCAGAGCUUGGAGGCCCCAGCUUGGCUUUAACCGCGACAGGAGGCAGGUUCACUUGGACCAGUCAUCAUUCAGAACUUUGGGGUAGGCAACUGAUUUAACUACUGUUCAUCUAAUGUUCUUUGUUCAUAUAGAUUUAUGCACUCAAUUUUAAGUGAGGAAGACAUGGAACUGGAACUGAAACCACUCAAUAAACCAUCCCUGGUUUGGGCACAGAAACUGAUUUGGUUUUCUUCAUGAUGACAUCUGUCAGAAGAGAGUAAGGGAAAAUGUGUCCCUGUUAAUUCUCCUCAACCUCUCAACAGCUUUCAAUACCAUCAACCAUGGUAUUCUUCUGGAGUGGCUGUCUGAAUUAAGGGUGGGUGGCACCACUUUGCGGUGGUUCCGAUCCUACUUGGAUGGUAGUUUCCAGAGGGUGAUUCUUUGGCCCCGUGAAGCCUUCAGUGUGGGGUUCCACAGGGUUCAAUUUUAUCCCCUAUUAGUGAUGUGAGGUGAGAAUAUUCUCUGCUAGAAAAUUCUCCGGAAAAUAUUCUCCACAAACUGUAAAUUCUAAUGUAAGAACCAGUUUUACAACCCACAUUUUAAAAAAUCUAGUAAAUAAUAAGCCAAGCUGUGAUAUUGCCAGUGUAAGUAAUGAAUAAUGAUUGUUUUUGAUCCAGUUACAUUACUGGGGAUUGUGUUAUUCACCAUUGGCAGUUCUGAAAUGUGAGCUACAGAAAACAUUUUGGGGUUUUGGGGGGUUUUUUGUUUUAAAAAUGCUAUUCAUUUAAUUUGAUGAACAUUUGAAUUCAUAUGUGUUUCAAACUAUAUGUAAUAGCCUUUUUUCCUAUUUUGGUUUGACCUUAUUCUUAGCAGUUCUAUACCCUUGGCCAUACAUUGUGAUUUUUUUACAGAAAGUAGCUUUAAUGCUUUAUACACUUAAAGUACCUAGGCCUAUACAAUUAUAUGAGACAGCAUAUGAGGUGGCCUUGAUUUAAACAGCUGACGUUUCUAUAUUUUUACUUAGUGCCGAAACUAGUUUUCUGCAGUCCUCUGAUUGUCAGUUCCCCUUUACCAAAUCAAAGAAUGUGAAUUCGCUGCAUUGCCCCAUUGAAUAAAAGUAUCUGUACGGUUUUUGGUUGCCAUCUGAACAAGUUUACUCAUGAAUAAACAUGUAUAUUAACUAAUUAUAUCAUUUUCAAUGCAUUAAAAUGAAUAUUCUCCUAUUUUAAAUGAAAAUUCUCUAAUAUUCUCAUUAAUCGAGAAUAUUCUGCAAACGAUUAUUCUUGAGAAUUUAACAUCUCUACCCACUAUGCUAUUUAACAUUACUUGAAAUUGCUGAGUGGGGUUAUCCGGAGGUUUGGAAUACGCUUUCAGCAUUAUGCUGAUGACACACAGCUCUACUUCUCCUUUACAUCUGCAAGUGGGGCAGUGGAUGUGCUGGACUGCUGUCUUGUAUCAGUUAUGAACUGGCUGAGAGCCAACAAACUGAAGCUCAAUGCAGAUACGACUGAGGUCCUGUGAGUGGGCAGUUCCUCAGACCAGAUGGCUGGGAGGUGGCCUGCUCUUGAUGGGGUUACACUCCUCUGGAUCCUUGGCUGUUGCUUGAGGCUCAGGUGGCAUCUGGUGAAGUAUGCCUUCCAUCAGCUUUGGCUGGUGGCCCAGUUUCGCCCCUAUCUGGACAGGGAUAGCCCAACUACUGUUGUCUGUACUCUGGUAACCUCUAGGUUAGAUUACUGCAGAGGGCUGCCUCUCAAGACAGUUUGUAAACCAAGCUGCUCACCAGGGCAAGAUGGUUUGUACAUAUUACACUGACCCUUGGCCUGUCUGCACUGGCUAUCAAUUAGUUUCCAGGCCCAAUUCAAAGUGCUAGUUUUGUUCUAUAAAGCCUUAAACGGCUCAGGACCACAGUACCUCAAGGACCACCUUUCUCCAUAUGAAGUAAUUUAACAUUAUUCUGAAAUCAUCAUCUGAGGCCUUUCUUUGUGUGCCUCCUCCAUGAGAGGUCUGGAGGGUGGCAACAGGCCUUCUCUGCAGUGGCUCCCUGUUUUGUGGAAUGUUCUCCCCAGGGAAGUUUGCCUGACGCCUUCAUUAUACACCUUUAGGCACCAGGUGAAAACAUUCCUUUUCAAUCAGGCCUUUGGCUGAUUAACAUCUGAUACCAUUUUAAACAUGUUUGUGGUGGAGAGAAGGGGGGUUAUUGGUUUGUUAUGUUCUUUUUGUUUCUAUUGUGUAUUUUGAAUUUUUUACCUUGUAUUUUUGUGUUGUGAACCCCUCUGAGAUCUACAGAUGAAGGGCAACAUAAAAUUUCAUAAACAACAACAAUAAUAAAUUGAACCAGGCAUAUAUUAAGUGUUGAGUAGAUUAAGGUUAAAUGCAACAUUCUUCUUAUUUUAAUUAGAUUAAGGGAAUUGCUAACAACAGCAAUUAAAUGUCUUGUUUCCGGAUGGGGAAGUUCUGUGAACUUCUGAAAGACUGUUCAUAUUUGUAUUAUCUUGGAACAAAUUGUGUCCUUCCAUGUCAAGUGACUAGGGAACUUUUUAAUGCCUGCUAAACUUUAGAACCACAGUGCCUGAUGUCGGAGCAUCCCAAAGCAAUCCCUGAUCUGCACCGUUAGGAGAAGCCAAGGGGAGGAAAAACCCCAGCUUUCUGAGGAAUCUGGUUCAGUUGUUCAGUUGUGAUCAUAACUGAAUAAAUCACCUAAGAGACACCACUUUUUAAAAUGUUACAAUUCUGUUUUUCCAUAAGUUGGGCCAGUGGAAGAGAGAGUGAGAACUGUUUCAGAUGUUAAUGCUACUGGGCCGUUGUUAUGUGCGUUCUGCUUGACGGUGGUGAGCUCCCGUUGCUCUGUCCCAGCUUCUGCCAAGCACACCAGUGCAAGUAGAAAAUUGGUACCGCUGCAGCAGGAAGAUAAAUGCCGUUUCCAUGCACUAUGGCUUCCAUCACAUUGUCCCGUUGCACCAGAAGCGGUUUAAUCCUGCUGGCCACAUGACCUAGAAAGCUAUCUAUGGACAAAGGCCGGCUCCCUUGGUCUGAAAGUGAGAUGAGUGCCACACCCCAUAGCCAUCUUUGACUGAACUUCCUAUCCAGGGGUCCUUUACCUUUUUUUACCUUCACCUAACAAAUGCUCUUUCUGACUGUUUCUGGAGAAGAAAGAAUUGAAGAAAUCAGUCAGUGUAUGUACAGAUGCCCUGGGCACACAACUCUUGCUUUGUACAGCGGUGGAUGUGCCUAACGUCGGCUGUGUAUCCCGUCAUUCAUAGAAGAUUUGCCGACCUAUUAAUGUCUCGCCUUGCCUAGAGUUGAAGGAAUUUACCAUUGUUCAGGUUUGGAAUGUAACACUGUUGCCAUGUGUGUAAUGCCUUUUUCCAUGGAUACCUUCAUUUCUCUUCCCUUCCGUAUUACAGUCAUGCAAUGUCAAGAAACAGAGGACAUUCUGGAAGUGGAGUUUACAGCAAUAUUGCUCCCCCUGGAGCUUACAAUCAGGGAAAUACUUACAGACCACUGCUGGGAAGACCACAACAGAUUCCCAAAUUGCUUUCAAGUAAGUUUUUUCCCCCUUUCUAUUUUAAUUUUUUAAAAUGGAACUCAAGGUUCUAUUUAAUCAUUUGGCCAGUUGGAAGCAUAUGAUACUUGGUUUGCUAUUGCCAUCUAGUACUUAUGUUUAAGUUAACCUUCCUGUUACUGAAACUUCACAGUCCUACAUCAUUGUUGCUGGGCCUUCACAAUCGUACAUCUUUUUAUCAUUGUUUGAACAUGUCCUCACAGUACAAGUUGAGAACUGGUGUAGUGAGUGGCUAAGAGGAUGAUCCAGGAAUUCCUCAGUACAGAUUUUAUAAGAAGAACAAACCCACUUGUAGCCUUAAGAAUGACUCUCUCUCCCUUUCUCGGGCCCACCCCUCUGUAAAGCAAGGAUGGUAGUCAUACAAACCUACUUUAGAGUGCUGUUAUGGGGUGUCUAAAGCAUUAUACAGUGGUACCUCGGGUUACAAACACCUCGGGUUACAGACACUUCGGGUUACAGACUCCGCUAACCUGGAAGUAGUACCUCGGGUUAAGAACUUUGCCCCAGGAUGAGAACAGAAAUCGCACAGCAGAGGGAAGCCCCAUUAGCUAAAGUGGUACCUCAGGUUAAGAACAGUUUCAGGUUAAGAAUGGACCUCUAGAACGAAUUAAGUUCGUAACCAGAGGUACCACUGUAAAUGCCUUUUCUUACUCAUGAAAACUUGGGAAAAUACAAAAAAUGUCUAGGAGUUUGAGUUUGGUUGCUCUAUUUAGGUAGUUUUUAAAAAUAACAAGACAGGUGCCUUAAUUUAUGUAGGAAAUUUAAUAAAUAUAAAUUCACUUCUGCAUUGCAGGAAAAAUGUUUUUGAAUGAUAUUACAAUGAUAUCAAACCUCACUAAUAAAUACAAAAACGACUAAAACCAGCUGACUGGUAGUAGAGGAAAAAGAAAGGGGAGAUUUUGUCCAGUGUUUAUGGUCUUGUUUUGAAGAUGAUUUCUGAAUUUGAGCUUCUGGUCUUCCACAACCAUGGUCAGCAACAGUCCGAUAUCCCUCAGAAAGGCCCUGCUAAAGGGAGAUGAGGAGAAAUCAUUCAAUUUUGUGGCCUGCUCCUGACCACUCAACCAUAGUUUUACAUGCUAGUAGGUCUGCCAGGACUCCAGGAUUCCUAGCAAUGUGGUUGUAUAAUUAUCAUUAUGUGUUCAUGUAUCAUUGGGUUUGGUAGGAGUGUUGGUCUGAGAAAUAAGGGUGAAGAUAUUUGUCAAUAUAUUGGUUUGUCAAGAUCUUACUCCAUCUGUGUGAUAAAAUUAUUCAAAUCCACUUCACUUUUGUUUCCUUAAAUCUCAUCAUAUUCUAAGAACAUUAACUUGUGAACUUAGCAUACUAAGCUUUUUAUUUUCCAGGACAUCUUUUUGUAAGUGAAUGAAAAUUAGAGUAUAGCAGGGUAAUACAGUCAAUCCAAUCUAAGCUCUCUCAGAGCUAGCUGUGGGGGUUAGUGGUGUUCCCUGAUUUCACAUUGAUGUGCCAAUUUUCAGCUGAUGAAUAAUUGUAUGCUGGUAGCUUGCAGGAGUCAAGUGGAGUCUGCUAGUACUAUGCGAAUACAGGCUUGGAUUUUGCUGUCAGAGUGUCUGAUUUUAUUAUUUUCAUUUCAGUCAGUAAACUUGUCAAUUAGCUGACUUUCCACUAAUCAAAAAGAAAAAAGGGGGGAGCAUUUUUCAAUCAGUAAACAUGAAGUCUUGGCUUUGAUUGCCAUGCUGAUUACAUAAGUUAUCACUUCAGUUGCUACUGGAGAGGGCAACUUAAAUCGUUGCAUCAGUUCUAGGAAUUGCUUGCAUUUUCAAGACCAAUGAAAUAUUAACUGUCAUUUCUCUCGUUUUCUGUACCUUUUUGAAAUGUCAACCUCUUGUUUUUAUGUUUCCUCACUUACCUAUUUUCUUACAUUGCCAUGAUGAAAGGUAGAAACUUGGCAUUGCAACUCUUUCUGUUACGGUAUUUAGGUGUGUGCUGUGUACCUUGAGUAAGAAGAACUAUUUUCAGUGUUGUCUCUUUGUGUGGAAUUCUGCUGUUUAUACAGAUAUUUGGAUAACAGUGUCAGCGCUGUUAGAGAAGUGUCCAAACCAGUAGUUUUUGAGCUAACUGUUCUUAGCAAUUAUGAAAGCAGAUAUCAGAAUGCAUCCAGAUUAUUAUUUACUCUCAUUUAGCACUUCACUUCUGUGUUACUCUUUUUGAAAUCCUGAGUUUUACCCUCUUUUUGUGAGCGAGGCAGAGGUGGUGGGGGAUAAUGGAAUGGAGAGGGGCGAGAAUGCUUCUUCUCCCUUGACCCUUCAAAAAUACCAUCCCAGCGCUGCCUAUCGGAAUAGGAGAUGAAAUGAGCCGGGUCCCUGCCCAUGUAGUGUGCUUUUUGCUAGUUUUCCAGAAAUGUAAUAAAGAUAUGUGAAAUGGUUUUGUAUAGGAAAGGUUACCAAAUCCUUUAUAAACCAUUUAAGUUGUAUAUUUCUCAGAACCGGCUGACUGUUCAAUAUUAAGAUAAUUUAAUAAGUCUUGAUACAGACUUGAAUUUAAUACGUACAUCUCACAUGAAUAUUUGAGUUUUUUAAGAUUAAACUACCAUUACAAUAGCAGUUGCUUCCUAAAGUAAAUCCAAGAUUUGUACUGUCUUAGUUUCAUUAAUUUAUGAUGGUGCUGUCUUACGUUGUUAGUGCAUAAGGAACCUCAAACCUUAAGGGCUUCAAAUCCUGGCCACAAAUGUAUUUAUAUGUUGAGGUUGGUAUAGGGAUGUCCCUAAUUUAGCCUGACCAGUUAGGAACAUAGUGCAAAAAGCUUUGUUCAUUGGCCUCUAUGAAUUACUCUGCUCCAACAGCAGCGAAAGCAGGAAUUGCCAGUGUUGAAAAUUAGGCUGGAUUUCCACCAGCAAAGUUACAUUGGUGUCAAUCAGACAUGCCUGCACUGUACACGGUUUAUUCAACUGCUACGAUAAAAGGUUUCUGUUUAGGUCAGACCAUUAAAGUAUAAGCCAUCCAGUCUGAAUGUGCCUGGAGAGGGGCUCAGGUUUCCUUCCAGCCAUGCCUUUUUUAAUGCUCGGAUUCACAAAGGCAGUGUGGCAUUCCAGUAAAUUAUUGCUAGCCCCUGGUGUUCUUGAAUAUUAACCCAUUAUCAGGGACAUUACUGUCCUGUCAUAGUAAAUCGAUUGGACAACUUCUGAAUCCAGCUGUUAUAAUUAGGUGGCACUUAAACAUCAUUGAGGAUAAUCAAAGAUGUCACUGAAACUGAAGCUUUUGAUUGAUAAAUGAUGUAAGUGUUUUGAACUCACCAGGGAUCUAUUGAUUAGAUAUUUCUUUCAUUCUGUUUACUGGUCCAUUUAUUUAAAAGAACAGAAGCCAUUUAAUUGCAUGGCUUGUUAAAUGAUGUUGUUGCUGGUACAUCUUUGUAGUAUGUUGUACUUUUGAGCUAAGAAAAGACGUAAGUGGGUGGUCUUUUAGUAGCAUCAGAUGGUUGCAAUUCCUGGUGUCCUUAGCCACAGUUCACCUAGUGUGUAGCUUUCUAAUACAGAUUAUACUAAAAGUACUUAGUUUCUCAGAUUUAUAGCCACCUCAUCUGGAAAGUUUGGUGAUGGGUAACAAACAUGCCUGGAAGUUGGCCUUUCUUGCUAUCUUCUGAGUAAAAAGAAUGAGAUUGCCAAUCAAUUAAUGAUUUGGUUUAUUUUCAUGGGGGCAAAUUUUAAUUGAUGGGGCCCCCUGCAGUUGUUGGGCUUUGGGAGGGAAGGGUUUAAAAAGAUAAUAUAUUAAAGUGGUCUUUCUAAGAAUGAGUGGUUGUUUUUGUUUUGCAGUUGAAAGUUAUCUCACAUUUCUCCAUGUCACAGAAGGCCACCUGAGAUUUUAAUAAUAUUACUGGAGUUAAAUUUAAUUGGCAAUAUGCCUUUUAACUGAUCAGUGACAGCAAUAAAGAGGUUAAUUCUCCCCUCACAGCUGCCAUGCCAAAGUGUGUUUCAAUAGAAUUUUGGAAAUUAAGCCAUUCUUACACAUCAUAUGAGAGGCAGCUUGCUUUCUCCCUUUACCAAAAUUUUUGCUAAAUACUAACUUUUUGUCACUGUGUUCUUUGUAAUUCUUAAAACUAAAAGUUCUAGAAUUCUUAUCUGUGUAAGGAUUUAAAACUAUUUGUUUUUGUAAUAAGUCUUAAAAUACACCUAUUUGUGGUUCACUGUGAUAUGUUACAUCUGUGUUUAUAUUUUAUUUUGCUUUAAUUUCACAGAUAUUGGUCCCCAAGACUCAUGGCAAGGUCCUACACCUCUCUUUCAGCACCCACCACAAAGAUUUGACAGGUAUUUGUUAAAAAUUUCCUUUUAAUUACAUAUGUUAGUGUCUUAAUGGAAACCAACUCCUAGAAUUUCUGUAAGUGUUAUUUUUGUUAUAAAGAUCUCUCUAAAUAUCUCUCUAAACCCAUCCUUGGAUGGUUUCCAUAAGACCUUUCCUUUAAUAAUCAGAAACUUCAAAAUUAACUUUGCUGUUGAUGCUUCUGCUGUAGCAUUCUUGGUUCUUUGGCCUCUCUCUCUUUGAAGCACUAUGAAUUUCAACACAGACAGCUUAAAAUUGCAUUAGGUUUUGGACAGGCUAAACAAAUUUCUUUUUAGGAGAGUCGUGGAGCUUAAUGAGGCAUAACUAAUGGUGGUCCACUUUUAUCAUCACUGUGCAGGAACCACAGCAUUAGUACAGACCAGCCAUUGAUUCUUGCUACAAACCUCUUGAAGUCCUAAUCAGCUUCUUUGGUGCAGCUUUUUCAGGCCUGACAAGUCUAUUGUAGGCCAGUGUCACUGUAGGUCAGUAGUUAUUAGUUGCCACUGAAAACAGUUUCUUUAACUACUUAAGACUGAACUGAAUUAAAUGCAGGAGGGACUCUGAGGAGGAUUAAGGAAUCUGCAGUCCAAUAAGUACCAUGGAACAGAGAGAAUGUGACAUGGUUUGAUAAUAAGGGAUGUUUUAUAUGUGUGUCCCUUCAUUGAGAAGCUGAUUGUAUGCCCUUAAAACCAGAUAUCCUGGGGUUUGGAAAGUGUAUCUGUGAAUAAUUCUGUUAUAUCUGUAGAGCAAAAUACGAUAAUACAAAUAAAAUAGUUGCUAAACUGAGCAUAUGUUUUCUUUGUAUGUAUUGUUCCUUGCUAUAAGAGAACACCUAAUAACAAAAAAUUGAGUAAAUUGCCUUCUAAUUUUGCUAUCACAGUUCCAAGAGUAUAUGGGAAUUCUGAUUUGAGGGGAAUUCUGAUUAAUUAUUUAACUUGAAGUGCUUUACUUUCCUUAUAUUUGUAGGCCAUUUUUUUUAAAAAAGAGUUCAAGAACAUUGUGACUUGUCUCUUUAUAGUCAUAAUCAAGAAUACUCAUUAAUGUGCUUUCAUCGAUUUUUGUACUGCUAUUAAAUUAAAUCAGUUAAAUCAUAAGUACAGCAUAAUAUGCUAUGCUUUCAUUAUGACACCCCUCCCCCCUGUCAAGAGUAAAUAAACCUUUCUGAGCUCCCCUGCAUUUAACUGAGACCAAAAGCAAGCAGUUUGCUUAGCUGUAGUUGUUCUUGUUCCAAGUUAAAUGGGAAGGCAGGUCAGAUUUUUUAAAAGGAGAUUACACAUUUAAGAUUCCUGCGAUAUUUUACAAAAAGGCGAGAGUGCUGCCUUCUCUCCCACCCCUGGCACUUGCCCAGUUAAUCUCAGUGGGCAGUUAAUGUCUGCAGCCUCUGUCGGUAUUCUGGUCUGCUUUUCAGUUAAGAUGGGCUCACCACAAUGGCAGGUCAAGGAGGACUAUAUCAUUCAUUUUGGAGAAGCCUCCACCCCGCCUUUAAGAACCAUUUAUGUAAAUGUGGUAUUCUCAAAGGACCACCUGCUUGCUAUAUCAUGAACUUGAUCGGCUCCCUGAAACAAUUUUAUCUCACUGUGGCAGACCUAUCAAAUUUUAAUCAAGAUGGGCUAGAAGGUACAUCCACUGUUUCACUUGUUAGAAGGAGGAAAUAAUUCUCAAAUGUCACAACAGCUGGGCCCAUUUCAGAUAUUUCAUUUCAUUAUAGGACCUGACUACCUGUGAGGUUGUAUGAUGAAAUACAUUUCUACCCCCCACCGCUGAGAUGCUGUCUGAGACUAAGAAUGCAAAAGCUUGAUUUUUCUUUGUAUUAUCAAUUUCACACAAUGCUGUGUUGGUAUCAGGUGACCUGGAGCAUGUUCAGAAGGUACCUUGCUGAAGUUAAAUAGGUCUGAGUCUGGUCAAUCACUGGGGGGAGGCUGCCUGAGAAUCUCAUAUAUUCUGCCUUGAGUUCCAUGAUGGAAUAAAGGUUGGGGUAUAAAUAGACAUUGGUGGUUCUUUGUUUCAGGCAAAGUAAUUUGCAUGAACGGAUUUACAUGAAAGUGCCAUCCCUGUCUGUAAGAUAGGAUUUCAGCUUUUCAACUUCUGAUUUACUUGCUAGGUUAAUUUUGAAAGUUGAAGCUUUUCAUGGCUUAAUCUUGCAUCUGUGAGAAUUAGGUAUUGGGGUCAGGCGCCAUUUUGCUUUGUUUUCAAGUGCUUGAAAAUAUCUACUUGGCCGCUGCUGGAAGCAGAAUUUGGGGCUAGGUGGAUCUUUUUUUAAUCCAGUAGGGCAGUUGUUCCAUUCUUAUAGAAUGUUGCAGAAAAACUUUUUUUUAUCUUUCAUGGACCAGAAACACCACACAUAUAGCCAGGUUCACCUCAGAGUAUAAGCCAUUUCAUAGUGGACAACCAGGAAUCCCUGACUUCUCACCACAUUAGUGACUUACGAAGAGUGCUGGUUGUCAAAAGUAGUGCUCUGCUAUCCUCUGCUAAGUGGCAACUCAAGGGGAAGAAGGGCCCUAUUAUUUUAAUGGUGGGUAUUGGUGCAGGAGGGAUGCGGGUGGCGCUGUGAGUUAAACCACAAAGCCUAGGACUUGCCGAUUAGAAGGUUGGCGGUUCGAAUCCCCGCGACGGGGUGAGCUCCCGCUGCUUGGUCCCUGCUCCUGCCCACCUAGCAGUUCGAAAGCACGUCAAAGUGCAAGUAGAUAAAUAGGCACCGCUCUGGUAGGAAGGUAAACGGCGUUUCCGUGUGCUUCUCUGGUUCGCCAGAAGCGGCUUAGUCAUGCUGGCCACAUGACCCGGAAGCUGUAUGCCAGCUCCGUCAGCCAAUAAAGCGAGAUGAGCACCGCAACCCCAGAGUCGGUCACGACUGGACCCUUUACCUUUACCUUUAUUGGUGCAGGGGUGUCAACUUGAAUAAAAUAUUGUGGGGGCCCAGGAAAGCCCCACCCCACAAAAUUGAUCACAUGACACAGUGCACACACACUAUUUGAAUGGGAAUGCCCAUCAACUUUGCAGGGACCUGGCCACCUCAAAUAUUUUAUUGUGGGGGCCAAAGCUCCCACAGCCCCUAGGAAUUGACUUCUAUGUAUUGGUGGGAGGCUGGAGUUACUGAAUAGCCUUCCAUUCACAUAGACUUCCUAUCUUGGUAGGAGGUAGCAGCCAUGAAAGCAGCAGUUUCAGUAGAUGUUUGCUGGUGCUUGAGCGAAGCAAGUCUAAAAUUCUAUUGGAUUUGCAGAACAAGAAAAGUGCAUCUUUGAAUCCUAGCCUACUAGCUUUGGUAGAGUUCCACUAGGAACUCUUGAGAAAUGUUAACUCUGGCUUAUACAACAACACUAGGCACUUGAUGACUGUUGCUCAAAGUACAUGAAAUGGUAUUUCCAAUACUUUCCCCAAGAUACUGAUCAUGUAACUAGCCAGAUGAUACAUUUUAGCUACUCUAUAUUAUUUGGUCCUGCUAAUGAUACAUCAUUUUGCUCAAAUGUAUCUGUCUUCAAAUGGAUUUUAAAUUUUUGGUUAAGACAGAUGAAAUCCUGUGGGUGACAGAGCUUAGGUCUUAACUAUAACUAAAACAAACUACAUUUUCCGGUAUAUAUUUAUGUGUAUAUGACCUCUUGCUAUAUACUGGUACAGUUAAAACAGUACUUAUUGGUAAUCUGGGAUGGCAUUCUUGGUGAUAAUAAGGCAUUGCAUUUGUGUUCCCAUAUAAACAGUAUGCCAAAUGUUGGUUGGUCCAUGCCAAUUAGUGCUUACGUUGCUAGGUCACUGUGGUCAAUUGAACACGGCAUCAAUAGAACUUGAAAAGGUUUCCUCCUGAUCAGACCUUCUGACAUACUGAGUAGAAUAAUGGAUGGGGGGAGAUAACGCUUAAAGCCCUUACCCUGGAUUCAGACUACUCUGCAGUAAGAAUUCAUUUGCAACCUGCAAUUAACUAGAAAGAAUGGACUCCCAGAUUAGCCUGGAUGUCCACAAAAUAAAGCCUCACUCUGGCGCUUGUUUACUCUUGAGAUAAUGUUACAUUUUGCUGACGUGAUUUUUUUCUUUAUACUUCAAAUCCCUGCACAGAGGCAGGUUGGGGAGGCAGCAAUACCAAAUGGACCAUAUUCUUUCAGGACAUCUUUAAAACCUGAAUCUGAAUUUGACAAAGAUUUUUAAAUCCUUAGCUUUGUUCCCAGUGAGCAUACAGGAGUGAAAAGACAAACAGAGACUUUUGUUUUUAGUUUAGUUUUUGUUUAAUGUUCCACUACCAGGAAAGAAGCAAAAUUGUUCUAAUAUAACAGUAAGUUUGGUUUUUAAGAGGUGCUUAAUAUUUCUGUAAAUAAGCUGAGGUGUGCCAUAUCCAACGCCACUUACGAUAGCUUUUAGACAGAUGGUAAGAAAACUUGUACAUAUGAUAUACAUGUUUUUUCUUCAGAAAUUCAGGGGCCACUCCGCUUCUUGCAUGGAACCGCAUGCCUCAUUCGCAAGGACAACCCUACCAACAGAAUCAGUACCAACGCCCAGGUGGACCAAUGAAUUACCCACAAAGGCCCAAUGAUCGGAGGGAAAGGGGAAGACAGGUAACAAAGUGCUGUGUGGUUGUUCUUUGUGAUCCUUUAGCAAGCUAGAAGAAAGUGGGGUAUAAUGUAAUCUCAAUCCUGAAAGCUAACAGGAUGUUCUUUGGCUAAAGAAAAAAUCGUAUGUAUAGUCAUUGAAUGUAUGGGAUAUAUUAAAUACAAGCAACUCCCAAGGAGUGUUCCAAGGCACUAUAUGUUUAAGUGAAAUCGUGUAUAUUUGAAACACCAUUGAAAAAGCCUACAACACACACACACACGUUCUGCCCCCACCUCUUUUUGUGACGUUUUUGGGUCACUUGCAGGUUCUGCGCGAUGUGCACAUGUAUGGUUGCACACAUAUCAGACAUAUCUAAAACAGUGGCUUCCUGUAAAUUAAUCAUUUAGCAAAGAGUACAUUUUCACAGUAAGGUACUUGAACACCCAGUGAGUUUUUCUGUGGAUCUAACUGUGGUUAAGACUCAUUAUAAUUAAUGUUGUCCUGUUAAUUUUAAUGGGAUAUAAGGAUGAAUAAUUUUAUCUGGACUGUGGCUGAUAUCUAGACUUGUAACAAUUUUCACACAUCCUAUGCUGAAAAUAUCUGCCACCGCAAAAUGUCAAAGGAUUGUCAUUACCAGAAGAAUAUGUUUGAUGACAGGGUCCUUUUGCUGCCUCCAUUCUCUUUCAGAAGUGGCCACUCCAUGGGGAGGAGGAACUGGAGCAGCUCCUGCCCCUGCCAGCUAGAUAGGAGCUCUGUCGUGUUUUCCAGACCUUUUUUGCCUUUGUGGGACUUGGCAUGCUUCCUUUGGUCAUGUAGGGCAGUUUGCCGUGAAUGUGCAUAUGCUCUUUCUGUGAUGAGCUUGCAUGUGAAGGCCCUGCUUUUGUCUGGGACUGGGGUGGAGGACCUGCUCUCCAUGUCUUGCUGGACUAUCUCCCAUCUUCCUUGACUAUUGGCCAUGUUGGCUGGGUCUGGUGGAAGUUAAAGUCCAACAAGAAGGCCACAGGUUCCUCAUUCCUUUGAAGAAUCUCUGACUUCUUUUAUUAGCCAUACAUAUUUUGCCUAAAAUCAAAAUGAUAUUUUUAUCUCAAGGCCUGAAUUGCUACUAAUUUUUCUUUUUUAACAUGCAAUAAAGAAUCCAGUCAAUAUAAGUAGGCAUACAACAUGCUAACCAGUUGAAAACUGUGUACAUAGGCAAACGAUAACUAAAAACAUUAAACUAAACAAUGUGGAAAUUAUUGAGCCACCUUCUGGGACUGAUCUUAGCUUUUGAAAUAAUAUAAGAAUCAAAUUUUAGCCUUACGUUCUCUUUCAAGAGUAACUGAAUAGGUAGAAACAGGUAGCAUUCUGAAGAGGUUUCACUUCUCUCUAAUGCUAGGAUCAGCUAUCAUUCUGUUUUAAAAACUUGUUUCCUGUGUAAUUUUCCCCUGUGGUAGGUCUGCAUAGUCCCUUUUUCAAAAAUAAAUUCUUACCUGGCAUAAUUUUGGAUAAUCUGAUAUCCCUCUUAUAAGACUGCACACAAUCUGAAAGACAGAUCUUGCAUUCCAGAUCUUGAUUCUCUCCCCAGCCCACCCCCUCAAGUUCCCUUGAUGCAAUGACAUUUCACUGCUGGCACCAAAACACAGUAAUCCAUUGAUAUCUCAGGUCUGCACUUGUGCCUUUACUGGGAUGAUUGCAUGAGAGUAUAAGUGUUUUCGCAAUUCUUACCUUAAACACCUGAUACUGAAAGCUCCUAUUGAAAUUGCAUCAAACUGUUGAUAAGCUGUCCUGAGCAUUUGGUGGAUGCUUCUUACCACAGUUGCGAGGGGGGUGGAGCUGUCCAAACAUUCACACAACCAUCACUUGGAUGUACAUCCUGGUCUUGUUCAAAAGCCAUUCAUCGGGGAAGGCUAUUGAAAAUGAAAAACUGAAGUUCUCCACAUCUGGACAUGUCUCACAUGGAGUGAAGAAUGCAGAGUUUUCUGUAAGGCACUUUGCAAGUUGCCAGUGUUAGGAUUGGUUGCUGAUUAUUACUUUGAUCUUUUGUCUUUCAAAAGAUAGCCUAAAUAGGACCCCAGAAUUGGAUUCAUGUUUGGGUUUCAUUUGUAAAAUUUCCCCCAAAAUAUACCUGCCAUACUCAAGGACAGCAUUAGAUUCCUUUUUGUCUCUAACACUUCCCAAUAGAUCUGUGGGCAGCCCAUCAAAUGCUUUGUUCACCUGUCACAGGAUUGCCACAGACGCACUAGGUUGCCUAUGGAAUAGCAGUUGUUGGGGCAUCAGAUAGAAGUCUGGAGAUCGGAUUUUGGCCACAGGCCUCUUUGCUAACCCUUUGCAUAGAUGCAAGUACUGUUUAUUAAGCAUAGCAUGAAAUAGUUACCCUAAGUUCCCUUUCAGAGAAACUAUAAGGUUAUUUACUACUUUGUACCCUAUGUCAAAAUGUAUUUUAUUGAAAUAUUGUACAUAUUUGCAAAAGAGUCCUCUUUUACAAUUGCCGACUUUUGAAUUAACUCUUAGUAUUCUGUUGUUCACAUAGCUUAAUGACCCUUUUGCAUGCUGCAUAAUGUAGUGCAAAUAAAAGAAUGUGAACAAUAAUUUCAUGUUACUGGUCAAGAGUAACUGGUCAGUUCAAGUAUCAAGCAGUUAAUUUAAUAGGGUUAAUGUUAAACUUAAACUUCCAUGUAAAUAUGUUUUGUAAUAUGUUUUGUAAUGUUAAUUUACCAAGUUUCCGUUUUAGGUUCCCCUUAUACUUUUAAAGUCCAGUUUUACUCAAAGAAAAAAAUGGCAACUUUAAUAGUAAUAGUAAUAAAAAUAGCUAUAAUGGAGUUCAAGGAUUGGUGGCAAUUGAGGGAUAUGAUCCAAGCCAAAGUUAAAACCUACUGAUUUAGAGAGAAAGAUAAGCACAUCCUUAAUUCUCUCUGGGUUUGAUGAGGCAUAACAUUGCUUAACUUUGGGCUGGAUUGUGCCUCCAUUUGCAUGUCAUUUUAUUUUUCUUGUACCACUUUUCUUGUAAUCUCUUCUUUUUGUUUUGUACUACCUUAUGACUGGAAAAAGAGUAAUACUAUCUUUCUCUUUUGCAGGGUUAUGGAAGGCCUUACCCAUUGCCACCAUCUUCUGGAAGAUACAACUGGAAUUAGGCUUUCGGCAUUUCCACCAUUUAAAAUAAUCCUUUUUUAAAUGCCAUCUUUAUCAUCUGAGUACUUUCUAGGUGAUAAACUUUCUUUUUAAACUGUGUACAUUUUUACUGAUAAGAUUUGAUAUGAUACAUAUGUUACUUUACAACUGUACUGCAGAAUACAAGUGAAAUUAGCACUUUUUUGCUUGUGUGAAAAGUCUAAUGAAUCAGGAGUCCUGUUCUGUCUUUACUGUGUGGUUUUUAUUGCAUUACUACAUUGUUGAUGCCUUUCGUAUUCACAUAAGAAUAUCCCUUUGGUUCACAGCUAGGAAAAGGUUUGUCCUAUGAAGAAUAGCAUUGAAAACACACAGAGAAAUUGUGUUUUAAUUGUGGAAGUUAGCUUAGAGGCUAUCUACAAGCACAAUGUUUUAAAGACUUUUGGUCAGCAUUCCUUCUAAAGUGCUUCAUUGUUGAUGUAUUUGUCCCUUUAAAAAAAGUUGGCGAAGUUUUGAAGUAAAAGUUUCAUCUUUUACAACAUCAAUGUAUCUUUGUUAUGCAGUUUGUUUCAUAUUAUUAGACAAGAAUUAGAAGUUCUCAAGUUUGGCUGAGUCAUUCCUAUGCUACUUCAUCCACGGGACCCACUUAUGCUGCCUGCCUACUAAAGCAAACUGUGUGUGAGAGAGACAGAGAAAGAGAGAAAAAACACUCUUCUUUCCUUCAGUAACUUCUUAAAGCUUGACUUUGAGAUAUUAAAAAUGAAUGGUCUAAAAUAAAGGCCUCUUCCUCCUGAAGCACUUACCCAACUAUUAAAUUAGAUAAAUUAGCAAUGCUUUCCCCACUUCUUUUACAAAUACACUAAAGGGAAAAUUUAUAGUUCACCCCUUACCACAUCACUAGGUGUAUACUACUUUCGUGCAAUCCCAGCUCUCUGCUCUCAGGAGGUUUGCAGCAGGAAACUCCCACACCAGCCGUGGCAGGAAGGGGAGUUGAAUUGGGUCCCAAAACAUUUAAUUUAGAAACGUUAAUAGAAUUGUCAUCUUCCUAUAUGCAGGGAUUUUCUUUUUCUAGGAACUUGCUCAUUUGUUUUCUGUGUUUAUAUGCCUCCUUUUGGGCAAGGCAUUCAGAACAGGUCACAGUUUAUAAUAAUAAAAUGUCCAAAGCUAGGAUAAGACAGGACUAGUUCGCAUGUAUGUUCAUCGCUUGAUGGCUGCUACAUCAACGGAUGAAUUGCAUGUGUGAAUGAGGCGUUGGAGGACUAAUGCCACAAAUAAGAGCUUUAAUGUGCACUAGAUGUCACUCUAAAAUGCAAUGGAUUUCUUUCUUUUUUAAAAGAAUAUUUUUUAUUGGUUUUUCCAUGAAUACAUCCUCUAACAGUAUUUCUCUAACAAUUUUCCAUAUUUCCCCCCUCCUCCUCUGGACUUCCCUCACAUUCCCAUUUUGUUUUAUUUCCAUAUUACUCACCCUGCAUGUUGUUUCCCAAAAUUUUCCCAAUACAUAUAGUCUUACUUUUUGU